AUGCGAGAUUACGACGACAUCAUCGCCUUCCUGGGCGAGUGGGGCCCCUUCCAGCGCCUCAUCUUCUUCCUGCUCAGCGCCAGCAUCAUCCCCAACGGCUUCAACGGCAUGUCCGCCGUCUUCUUGGCCGGCACCCCCGAGCACCGGUGCCGGGUGCCGGCCAGCGCCAACCUGAGCGGCGAGUGGCUCAACGCCAGCAUCCCGCUGGAGGAGCGCGGCGGGCAGCAGGUCCCGCAGCGCUGCCGCCGCUACAGCCUGGAGGCCCUGGCCAACUUCUCCGCCCGCAACCUGGUGCCCGGGCGGGACGUCAACCUCAGCCAGGUGGAGCAGGAGAAGUGCCUGGACGGCUGGGAGUACAGCCGAGAGCCCUACCUCUCCACCAUCGUCAGCGAGGUAGGGAGGGGCGGCGGGCAGGCGCCGCAGCAGCUGCUCCGGGAGGCUGAUUAUUAUGACUGGGCUGUGGCGCGUGUGUGUGUUUGUGUGCGGAAGCGUCAGCUGUGGGUGGAAGGGAGAGUGAACUGCGUGUGUUGCCGGCGUGAGGGAAAGGAGGCGCGCGUGUCUGGAGCCUCGGAGUCAGAAAAUGGAGGAGCGGGUCGGGGCUCAGGAGGGGCCUGGUCGGCUGCAGCACGCGCAGAAGAUGCGCUCCGGGGCCGACGCGCCGCCGAGCUCCCCUUCGUAAGAGCGGAGGCCGGCUCCGGCGCUUGUCCUGGGGGCACGUGUCGCCCGCGCGGUUGUAUUCGUUUCUGCUGCCGCCUGGCUCCCCGGAGGAAGGGUUGCAUUUAGGCUGCGGGGGGUCUUCUUCGCAAGCUUUCCUGCUUUUCUGGCAUUGUCUCGUGCAUCGCGCGGCACCUCGGUCCGUUUGCCUCUCUGAAGUCGUGGCACAAGCCUCUGCUCCUCGCCCUUCCAUGCGUAGGGACAAUGCUGCUUUGUUCGUGAUCUCUUGGGUGUAUGAGGAAGGGACCGAGAAAGGCCCUCAGGCAACGUGCAUGCAUACAUUGGGGCCCAUGUAACAGAUCCCGUUCAAUGCAUUUAGCUUCGUAUGGUUAAGAUCCAGCAGUACCAUAAGGGACCUGUUUACCCAUCCAACCCAGGAAACAUUUAGGGCCCCUACUCUUAUAGCCGCUUGAUGCCACGUCGCUAUACGUCACUAUUAGACCUCUGACUGUUGAACGUGUGGACUGGCUCCAUUGCAAAGUGUUGUAUGUGCUGUGUGUAGGUGGAUGAUGUGUUGGUUUGGUUCACACGUGUAAAUAAACUGAAUGCACCCAUAAUAUUUUGUGUUAAUGGAUUCUGCUCUCAAGGGAAUCAUAUCAGAGGGAAAAAAUCUGACUGCAAAACACAACACCAGAGUGAGGCUCUAAGUUAUCUGAUGGAUCAGGCUCUUCUGGGUAAGACAGCCAUGAUGCUGGGAAAGAUUUGUUGUUUUGUACCCUUCUCCCUGUGUGUUGUUCUCCAGCUGUCACUCCCUUCCCAAGCUUCUUCUUACCAUAUGGAGGAAAACAUAUAGGCACCCUUAUGAUCAGCAACCAGAAUACUUCAUAAGUACCUCCCCUUGCCAUCUGUAUCCUGGACUGGUAGGCUACUGUAAAUAAAUAAAAAACCACAGCUAUUGCUAGCAUGCUAAUUAUGUCAGGUCAGAUUAGAUCAACUCCUUAGAGUUCUGUUGAACUGUGUAAGUGUGGGCACUGGUGUGGAAUAACAUCAAUGUGGUAGCUAAGGGUGUGUCAUAUAAAGGGUGUUGUCAUAAUACAAUUUUAAAAACAUGUUAUUUCACCUCCUUAAGGGGAAGAAGAAAGGAGCACAGUCCAAAACAAAUUAGAUUACCGUAACUAAUCUAGGAUAAAUCUGGUAGUAAUAAUUACCCAAUUUCUAGAACUAAUCUAGAGAUAACAUCAGAUUUCUCUUUUUUCAUUGUUAUUUUUUUUAAAUCUUCAUGUCACAAACAAUUGUUCUAUUGGAAUAGACUGUUUUGUAGAUGAGAGUUGAAACUCUGACUCAUUUCUGAAACAUUCAUGCUUAAUAUUUGGAGGAUUAUGGAUUAUGUUAACCCAACAUGUACCUUUUGUAUAUACCGUACUUGAGUGGUAAUAUUAACAGUCCAAUCCUAUACCUGCUGACUCAAAAGUAAGCCCCAUCGAGCUCAAUGGAAUUUACUCCCAGUAAACUGGUCAGGCCACUGUUCAGACUUGCUUGUUUGGGAACCGCUACAUUGCCUCAUGUUAUGGAUGCUAUCCGGGAGACUGCUUGAAAGACAUCAAUUUAAACUCUAUCCUUUCUGCAGUUUAAUACUGUUUCGACAUUUAAAUGAAGACUUGACUAUUCUUAACUGACUCUUGUUGGUCUUGAAAAUGGGGUCAGUGAAACGGAACAUAUAGUUAUGAAUAAGAUGCACAAGCCCAUUAUUUUUAUUGUGAUCUUCCGAAACAUCUGAAAAAGCACCACAUCUUACCAGUAGUCAGUGAACUGCAGUUUUAAGUUGAUGUGGGGUCUUUCAACAAGAUUGACUGAUUGUGCAUUAAGUCACUAGAUGCCAUAAUGUUUCCUAAUACCAGUUGCUGGAGGCCACAGAGGAGAGAGUGCUCUUGUGCUGAUAUCCUGCUUGCGGGUUUCUCACAGGUAUCUGGGUGGCCACUGUGAAAACAGAAUGUUGGACUAGAUGGGCCAUUGGCUUGCUCUUGCUCUUAUUAUGUGUGCAGUUGUUUCCCAGUCUUAAAUACUUCCUCAAAGUCUUUACUUCGCAGAAAGACAGAGAGAGCAUUUCCUAGCUACUCACAAAAUAGUUCUUCUCCUAGCAUUUGUUUCUGUUGUGGUUGCUCUGUUGAAUAGAGUUGUACAGGGACACCUACAAUAAGCAAUAAUAUUGUCCCUUCUUCCCUGCCCUAGCAGCAUUUUGGAAACCUUGUGUUGAGGUGGAUGUUGUGGUUGUUGUUAUUAAAAAAUGUUUAGAUGCUGCUUUUCAGUUUAAAACUCUUGGGGUAUCUCACAUAAAACAACAACAGAUACAGUAUAAUAAAGCAGUGUUAGCUAACCUUUAUCAUGAGCAGGAGAGUACACUCCUGUUGUUGCUUGACCAUAGUAUCCUCCUAAACUGACUUUGUGCAGUGGGAUUGAUGGCAUUGUAAUUCAAAGCAGGCAACAGACUUUGUAGGAAAACUGUGUGUGUGUGUGUGUGUGUGUGUGUGUGUGUGUGUGGUGGGGAGAACAGCAAUACCAAAUUGGCCUGAAUAUAAGCCUCCCUUCCCCCAAAUUCCGACCAUGAAAAGUUAAGACUUAUGCAGAGUGCGCAUAAGUCCACCCCUCCCCAUUAUGCCCUGUUUUCAGUCGUGCAUCAAUCAGAUAUGCGUAAAAUGGUUGCUGCCUGUUGUUAACUUCUAGCUUUAGGACAGUUCACAGAGUAUGGCUUUGUCCAACUGUCCAUCAGCCCACUGGCAUUUGCACUAUGGGGUCCUUCUACCAUAAGAAGAACCUGCUGCAUCAGGCCAGAAGUCCAUCUAGUGUAGCAUCAUGUUCUCUCAGUGGCCAGCCUGUAGGAAGGUCACAAGCAGGACAUGAAUGCAACAGUGCUCUCCCAGCAUCUCAUAUUGAAAUAGUGAAGCAGAACAUGGCCACCUUGACUAGUAGCCAUUGAUAGCCUUAUUUUCUACAAAUUUUUCUAAUCCUCUUUAAAGCCAUCUAAGUAGAUGGCCAUGGCUACCUCUUGUGUCAGCUAAUUCCAUAGUUUAACUAUGUGCUGCAUGAAGAAGUACUUUCUUUUGUCUGUCCUGAAUCUUCCAAAAUUCAGGAAUCUUCCAAAAGUCCAGAGUGCUCUGACUUCUAGUGUUAGGAGAGAGGGAGAACACUGUAUUCACGUUGUUUCAUACUAUGCAUAAUUUUAUACACCUCUAAUCGUGUCACCUCUCACUUGCCUUUUCUCUAAAUUAAGAAGUGCUCAAUGUUGUAACCUUUCCGCACAGGUGAGUUGGUCAAUACUCUUGCUUCUGAGAUGAGCCGACCAGAAUUGUACACAGUAUUCAAAAUGGAUUCAUGCCUUCGGUUAUGAUAUUGACAGCCUUUUUUCCAGUCCUUUUCCUAUUGAUGCCUACCAUCUUGCCCCUAAUGCUUUUUAACAUAACAUUGAAGCCUUUGGGUGCAGUCAUUAGGAUAUUUGGAACAUAUUUGGAACAUGGUGGUGUCAUCAGUAUACUGAAGACACUCAGCUCUACGCUGCCACAUCUGAAAUCAAUUGAGACGAUGCAGGCGAUGCAGGUUCUGUACCAACAUGGCUCGAGUCAGUGAUGGGCUGGAUGAGGGCCAGUAAUCUGAAGCUGAAUCUUGUUAAGAUGGAAGCUCUAUGGAUAAGCGGUUCCUAAGUUUGAGAAAUUCGCAGGUUGCCUAUUCUUGAUAGGUUUGCACUCUUCCUUGGGAGUACUCUUAAAUCCAUCAUUGUCACUCAGUGGCCAAUAGUGCUUUUUCUGGCACAUAUACUAUCUACACCUGUUCCUUGACAGGGAUAGCUUGGUCUUAGUGAUGGAGGCUUUAGUAACCUCUGCACUGUACUAUUGGAAUGUGCUCUAUGUGAGGCUACAUUUGGGGUGGUUUGGAAAUUUCAGCUAAUGUAGAAUGCUGUGGUCCAGAGCAGCUUCACAGUAGCGUAUUGCCCAGAUGCUAAAAGCUCUACACUGGCUUCCAGUACAUUUACAAAGUUCAAGAUAUUAGUGUAUAAAGUCCUAAUGGCCUAUAAUGCAUUAUACACCUACCAGAGCACUACCGUCAUGUGGCUGAAUCAUCCUAACUGUCCCAUAGCUAACUCAUAUUCAUUCAGUUUCUGUGCAAACCAAGGUUGUUCACGUUAUGGCACCAGUAAUUUGGAACACUAUUAUAAAUAACAUACAAAUAAGGUGUUAAAACCAAUAAAAGCCAAUAAGCAAAGCAGAGCUGGUAGGCCUGGGCAAAUAAAAAGGUAUGGAAGAAAUGCCUUAAAUAAGUAAAUGAAAUGUUUUCAUUUACAGUGUAGCCACAUGCACUGGCUGCUUAAGUGUUAUGCACACUUUUUAAGGUGUGCCUUAUCAGAGGCAUAGCUAGGGGCAGUGGGCACUUGGGCCUGCAGUGCACCCGAGCCACAUGUCUCCUGGGAGUGACGUGGUGGCUUGGGUGUCUGCAGGCUCCGCGCUGUCUGAAAGGGCAAUGUGCGGUUUGCACCUGCCCACUGCUGCCUCCUCAGGGUGCCACUCUACAGCUGAGGGGGAGGCAGCAGGCGGACUGCAUGCAAGCUCCACGUUGUGCGAUACUACUGUAAACUACAAUGUGUUUCAGUGAUGAUGGCUUAGACCUUAGCCUGGGGCUUCCGUGCUCCCUCUCCAUCCUUCUUUCAUGUACUCUGAUCCCACCCACUCCACCCCCCGCUGACGUCCUGGUUUGCUGUAAGCAUAGCUUCCCCUACAGCAUCCAGUCCAGGUGCAGCAUGUUUUUUCUGCAGACCGUAGUUGGAAACCAUAGGCCACAUUUCUGUGUGCUCCUAAAGGACUACAGCAUUAAAAUAUAUAUGUGAACAUGUAGAACAGAUGCUCUUCCCUCCCUGUUUUCUUCCCUAGCAACAAUUCUUUUUGCCACCAUUUUAGCUGCAUUUACCCUAGAUAAUAGCUGUCUAGGCUUACCAGUUGGGCCAUCUGUUGUCCAUUGUCGAUUUUGGCAGAAAGCAUUAGCAUGAUACAAAUCUUUUCAUCUGCAUUGUUUCAACAUUUGAUGGUACUUGGGGGCUAGGUUCUUGGAAAUGGGGGCAAAACUACUUCAUUGUAUUGCUUUCCCCACAUAUACUUUGGCCAGCUUCUACUUUGAUUUAAAGGUCUUUGUUAAUUGUAAAAAAAAUGAGUAAUUAGAAAUGAAACUAAGGGAGGGCACCCUGUCGAAAGGGCUUAGUAGUUAGCCAAUGUACGUAUUUGGGGGUGUUUUAAAUCAAAUUGGCCUUAUUUCUACAAUUUUAAGUGAGAGCUGCAUCUUUUUCUCUGUGUGUUUUGAGUUUCUAGGCCAAAUUGAACAUAAAAUACCUGGCUUAGUUGGGAAUGAGUGGUCCUGUGUGCUUUCCCAAUCCCGAUUUCCUAGCUUCUUCCCCGUGCAAGCCAGCUUCAGUACUUUGAUUCUGGUCUCUUUAAAGUAGUUCCCCAUUAUUAUGCCUAAAACAGAAAACUAGUUUAAUUUCACUUUUUCUAUCAGACAGGAUCAGAAGCCACAAUCAAACUGUGGUUUCAGAUCCUGAUGAAUCAACCAACACUGAAGUACAAUUCAGUUUAUGAUUUAAUGGAAUAGCAGACCAGAUUCAGUCUGGUGCAUGGAUACGUGCUGGAAGUCUAAGGAAAAAGAGGAUACCUUUUACUAUAUGCGGUGGUUAUGUAAGAUCCUGAAAGCUUUUUGGGAAAUGAUUUAUAAAGAACUGGGGGAAAUGUUCAAGGUAUCUUUUAUUUUUAAAAGCUUUACUUUUGGGAAUAAUAGGUCAAGCGAUACCCAAAUGUCAGAAAAAAAAGUUUAUUAUGUAUGCAACAAUGCCUUAUGAUGAUUUACGCGCAGAAAUGGAAAGAAGAAAAAGUUGCAACCAAGGAAGACUGACAGAUAAAACUGAUGGAGUAUACGGAUAGAAACACAUGUGGUUUCAUUAUCUGUAUGCUUUGUUAUAAAAUUGGAAAAGGAUAAAUAAAUUAUAUUUAAAAAGGAUUAAUCUGGUGCAUGAGGGGCAGAGCAAAGGAUAGGUAGCACAGUGGACCUGACACUUGUUCCUGGCAUAAAAAAAACUAUGGUUUGUUAAGCCAGGAACAUUAUGUCAGAAACAUCUCUUGAUCUUGUUAGCUUUUUGAGCCUGCUUCCAUGAUUUUAUCCCUUUGUUUCAUUUUUACUUUCCCACAGGUUUCUAAAGAUUGGUACCAGCUUUUUAUUUUGUCAGGAUUUGCCCUGAAGGCAGGCUUGUUGAGUUUUAGGCUCAUGGACAUUUGCUUCUUAGGCUAAUACAGGUGCUCUGUUGUGCUUGAACUCUAUGAUGUUUCAGUUCGUUGCAAGACUUGGUUUAUCAAUUCACCAUGAGUUACAAUUUAUUUCUAUAACUGUAUUUGCCCAUAUAUUGACUGUCUUUGUGUUCAGUGGUUACAAACAACAGAGCAAGGUAUUUAUGUCAACAAUGUUCUGUUCUCACCCCACUAUUUUGAUUACUGGUGAAGGCUCAGGAAUGUUCACAAUUAUUAUUGUGCAAGAAAGUAUUAACCUGUUUCAGAACGUUGUUGUUCCUUCUGAACAUGAGAAAGCUUGCAGGAAUUUGCACCACUUCCUGUUCCCUUUAUGGUUAUUAUUCCUACAGUUGCAGACCCACUGAUAUUUCUUUGACUUUGGUCCUGCAAACUACCUAUAUAGUACAUUUGCCUCCUCCAUUACCUGGAUCAAUUUUUUUAAUUCACAGGUGGCAUUGUUGAGCCAGUCAGUCCCCUAGCUAGGCUAAAGCUCAGGGGCUUCAGCAGGUGUGGGCAACCCUUGGCCCUCCAGAUGUCGCUGAACUGCAACUCCCAUCAGUCUCAGCAAGCAUGCCCAAUGUCUAGGAAUGAUGUGAGCUGUAAUUCAGCAACUUCCGAAAAGCCAGACAUUCACUCACUUGGGCUAGGAGAUGCAGCAAGCAGGGUGAUAUUGAAAGGAGAUGGGGGCUAUGAGAAAGCAGCCUUUUCUCAAAGUGUGUAUUGUGAAUGUGGCAGGAACAAUAUGAUUGCUUUGCUUUUAUGUGAUGGAGGGCUGGGUAAUUGUGAAGUGAAAAGCUGGAAAGAGCAGAACCAUGCCGCAAAUGGUACUUUGGAAGUAUCUAUUGUGUGGUUUACUGUGAACAUUUCCAAACUGGUGUUGGUUAUGGGAAAAUAUGACUUCUCUUUCCUUUGGGGAGUAGUAAAAUCUCUGACGUUUUGAGAUUUUAAAAGUGACAUUCUUGGCCCGCAGUUACAGAAGAGAGAAGAGCAGAAUUGCACCAUCACAGGGGUUAGACUGGAGAAAAUAAAGUUCUCUCCUUUACUUCUGUUUUUCCUUUGAGACAGAAGAACCGAAAGCAUAUUACAGGAAAUUAACUCAUGUUGGCCAGCACUGUGCACAUUAUGAGGUAGAAAUAAGAAGAAAGUAUGAAAAUCCUGUCUAGCCUAUGAUUUAAAAGUUGUUGCAGGAUCAUUUGAUCAUUUGAUGCAAAUUAUAUAGAUUAAAUUCAUCUAUGCAUUUAAUGCAUAGGCUCUUAAAAAUGCAGGUUGCAUUAGUUGAGAAGGGUUGAUAAUGAACUGUAUCAGGACAGGCUUGGAGAAGAAUUCACACACUUUCCUCCCCUGCAGUGUCCUGAGGAGAACUCCUUUUCUCAAACUGAUAUCUGCUGUGGGGAGGGAUUACCCAGUGACUCAAUGCAUGGCCAGAAGGAGCCAGAAUGGAAAACUGCAAUUUAUAGUGAGCCCGGAGAUAUAAAAUAUCUGGAUUUUUUUUAAAAAACAAAACAAAAGCUAACUUAAACCCAACUUUUAUUUAUAUCCCACUCCAUCUUAUUAAAUUAUACAGCAUUGAAAAUAAUUCCAGCAUUAUUCAUGUUUAUUUACCGGUUAGUGUCUGAAAGAUCCAUAGCUUCCUACUCAGAACUUUCACUUGGAGUUUCACAGCUUCAAAAAAUAAAAGACACUUGAAUCAAAAUAAUACUUUGAGUUCUUUCAUGUCUUAGUUUGUUCCUUAAUUAAAUGUGGGCAUCAAUAUUCAUUUGAUGCAGAAAUCUGAGACAAAUGAGAGCUCAAAGGAUUCAUUGUUCAAGGCCUUGCCACCAUGUUACAGGAGCAAUAUGCUUGUGCAGAUACUCAGAUUAUAAACAUCUAAACAUGGCACUGUAUUCUUCAAUAUGUAAAAGUGCUUCCACUUAGGGCAGUGGCCAUAGGGAAGCACACCCCCCCAUCUAGGUGAGCGUGCAUACAUUGCACUAACAAGCUUAAGCUGGGCCAACAAACAGCUGUUUCCCAUUCAUGUCUCUCCCUUCCUUUGCACUUCAAUAGUAUUUCUUUUCUCCAGUUUUUUUCAUCUAUAAGGCAGCAAUUUCAUGUUCUGGUCAUCUUUAGUUUGUACACCAAUAUGAUUUUGGUUUAUUGUUGCUGUCCUGUCCUUUUUAAUGCAGUGGCUGGACAUUGCUCUGAUUAUUUUUAAUACAACCUAACUGAAAUGAUUUCAUUAAUAUGAUUCCAUGUCAUUUUGAUGGGUGAUGACAGUUGCUAUUUAAAAUAAAUAAAUAAAUGCCACAGUCUCUUGUAAUGGAGAGCAGAAACACUAAAGGUGUGAUUCUCUGUCUUUGCUUCACUAAGUCUUCUAUUUUUAUUUUUAUUUAUUAGAUUUAUAUGUGUUUCUAUGGCUUUCUUAUAAAGUCUGUGGCUAACACUCUGGUAACCUCUAGGUUAGAUUACUUCAAUGCAUCAUGCGAGGGGCUGCCUCUGAAGGUGGUUCAGAAACUUCAGCUGGUGCAAAAUUUGAUGGCCAGAUUGCUCACCAGAACAAGAUUUGAGCUGAUCCUGGCCAGACUGCGCUGGCUGCCAAUUAGUUUUCAGGCCCAAUUCAAAGUGCUGGUGUUGACAUUUAAAGCCUUACAUGGCUCAGGACCUCAAUACCUUAGAGACUGGCUCUCCAUGUUUGAACUGACCAGGAUCCUGCACUUCUCAACUCAAGCCCUUCUCUAUGUUUCCCCUACCCAAGAAGUUCGGAGGGUGACUACAUGAGAACAGGCUUUUUCUGUGGUGGCUCCCUAUCUGUGGUAUGGUCUCAGAGAGGGUUGCCUAGCGCCAUCAUUACAUGUCUUUAGGUACUCAGGUCUUUGGCCAUUAAAUAAUCUCUGACAGACAUCCCCAACCUUCGGCCCUCCAGAUGUUUUGGACUACAAUUCCCAUCAUCCCUAACCACUGGUCCUGUUAGCUAGGGAAUAUGAGAGUUGUAGGCCAAAACAUUUAAAGGGCCGCAGGUUGGGGAUGCCUGAUCUAUGACCCGUUAAAUGUGUGUGGGAGCGACAGUUAUUAUGAUUAUUUUAUUAUGUCAUUGUUAUGAUCCAUAAAUUAUGUUCUUAAUAGUGUACACCACCCUGUGAUCUUUGAAUAAAGCAUGGUUUAGAAAUCAAAUAAACAAAAAUGCCAGACUGCUAUGUUGAUUUUGCCAAAAUAAAAUUUUCCAUAGAAGGCGGGGGGGGGGGGGGACAUUUGCCAUUGUUUCAGUAUGUUCCAGACUGCAAAGUAUGUUUUGGAAAAGGGCUGGAUGUUAUGGGAAGUAGUCCUAAUCCACUUUAAGUCAUGGGAUCUGUGACACUUACUUUAAUAGAAUUAGGAUAACAGCUAAUUUUCUUUUUGGAGGAAACCUAAAAUAUGUUUCAUAAGACUUCAAACACACAGCUUUCCCAUGGAAAAAAAGUCAGUCUGAUAUCAAUUUAAUAAUGCACUCUAAGCAUAUAAAACAGUACAUUUUUGUUGCCUCUCCCUUUUUAAGCUUGUUCCUGCAGUAUUAGAAUUACUUGUGUAGCUUUACCGCCACCAGCAUGUUGUGCCUGAUGCAGGCUUGUGCUUCUUUACUACCUAAACUCCAUACCAGAUGGCAAAUACAUUUCAAAAGUCAGGGAAAUUUUGAAAGCUGAGUGUGAUAUAACAUUACAUAGCAUUUCAUUUUUUAAAAGUUUAUUUAUUUAUAAUUUUAGAUUAUAACCAAAAAGAAAACAUUUCAACAAUAACUCUUAACAUUUUAAGUCUCAACUUCCCUCCCCCUUCCUGUGGUUCCUUAAAGUUGUUUUCAUCUUUCCCUGCAUAUCCUAAAUUAUCUUGUCUUAUUCUUUUUAUUCCUCUAUUAUUAUAUAUGUUUUGAAAACUGCAGGUUUUUACAAUAAUCUGGCUAACGUCUUAAUCUGUUUACAAUUUGUAUUUCAAUAAACCAUUUCCUAUCCUUAAUAAAGAGUUUGUUUUCCUGAUUUCUAAUUCUUCCAGUUUUGCCAUUUCUGCAUAUUCCAUUGAUUUCUGUAACCAUUCUUCUCUUGUCAGAACUUCUUCUUUCCAUUUUUGGGCAAAUAACUUUCUUGCAGCUGUAGUUCUAUACAUAAAUAAGUUUCUGUACUGCUUAGGUAGCUCUGACCCCAUUAUUCCCAAAAGAAAAGCUUCUGGGGUUUUUUUUUGCAAAUAUUAUCUUAAAAAUAUUUUUUCAAUUCAUUAUACAUUCGUACCUUGGAAGUCAAACAGAAUACAUUCUGGAAAUAUUCCAAAACGUUCAAAAACCAAAUUGCUGCUUCUGAUUGACUGUAGGAAGCUCCUCCAGCCAAUCAGAAGCAACGGAAGCCCUGUCAGACAUUUGGGUUCCAAAAGACUGUAGAGACCAAUAUGGGAGAGGCAUGUUUUACUUCAGGCAAAUGAAUGCAUCUGGGGUUUUGCUGCUAUAGGUGCAUCAUAGCCUUUCUUCUCUGUGAUCCUCCCAGUUCUUAUUCCUCCUAUGGUCACUGCUGUGGAUACACGACCUGUGUCUCCAGGCACUACAAUAAUCUGCAAUGGAUUCUCAUACAGUGGCGUUAAUGUUGCCAGCCUUCAUGUCAUGAUUACAGACAUCUUUGUAAUGCAGAGUUGGUCUGCCAUAACAGCAGCCAUAACAGAUGGCCACCUUCUUUUCAUAGACCCAAAUAAAUAUGUGCUAGUUAGAUACUUAGAGCUGCUUCAGGACCACUGGGUUGAGCGGUUUUAGAAGGUCCAUGCCAGCUGUUUUAAUAAGGCAAAGACCAACAAGGCAUUAGCAGUAUCUGAAGCUAUGUGUAUUAAUUCACUUGACCAAAAAGGGAAUAAUAUCCGCCAUUUACAAAUCAUUAAUAUCGAACGUAGAAGAAAUCACACAGUGUUCAUUGGAAGGCAUGUUUGGGAAUCCCAAUAUGUGAACCAAGCUGGAACUCCGUCCGGCAGAAGCAGCCCAUGUCAUCAAGGAUAGUAAUGUAGGUUUAUUCUGUAAUUGACUAGUUGAGCAUUUCUCCACGGAAAGCAGUGGUAUGUAAACUACUGUCACCAUGCUCUUUUUAAAAAAGAUAAUCAUUUUUAAAAAUAUUGCGCUGGUAUUUCUGACUGUUGUGUGCUGUGUAUUUACAAGAGAUUUACAGCCGGGUGCAUUUUAGCUCAGAAGUUCUGUUGAGUUCAUUGAAACUUACUUUGCCUGUAUGUAGGUGUGUGCACAUGCAAGAGAGAGAGGGACCAUGCCCAGGACCAGGUUGUGUAUAUUGGUUCCUGAAGAUGGCCCACCUCAGAUGCUCCAGCCAAACCACGGUUUUAGCUAUUGGGCAUGUGCUGUGGACUUGUAUGUCUGUGGCAUUUAUUAUUUCCCUCCUGUACUUCUUGGUUUGAGAUACAGUAACUAUAAGUACAGUCUUUGACUGAACUGUCAUAGACUAUUGUCUUGAGGUACAUUCUUUUUCCUUCGUUCUGUCUCUGAACAUGUGCUUGUGAAAGGCGGGGGUGGUUGUUGUUUGAUCCUUAGGUUGGGAGUGUAUGGUUAGAAUUAUCACAAGUAUGCGCCCUACCCCUGCUGGGUAGAGAACUACAUAAAAUAACUUUUUUAUUUUUGAUUGCCAAGAGAUUUCCUAAUAAUAACUCUGUUUGAUUGCCAAAUGAUUUCCUAAUAAUAAAUCUAAAUAAAGUUCCAACACAAACUGCUGUUUCCGUGUAUAAUCCACUCUGCAUAAUCCACUGAUGUGAUUUUAAUGCCAGCUUUUGUUUUGGUAAACACAUGUAGUAAUGAUGAAUAAUUUCCUUUUGCCAUGACUAUUUUGAGUUCCACAUGCUUGGUAUUAUGGUUGCUUUCAUAAUUCUAGAGCCAUUCUUUUUGGCAAGGCAUUGUCAUCUUAGGUUUUAUAAAAGCAGUGAAUAUAAAACUGCUGUGGCCUUUUGAUAGGGUUUUGAAUGAAGAAAAUUUGUUUUUCACUUUUGUGUAUUCAGGGUUUUCCAAGGAAUAUGUAAAUAUUGGAUCCUAUCUUUGUGAAACUUUGCAAGGCUGUGGCCUGUGGCACCCUGGAGCAAAGAGGUAUGUUAAUUAGUAAUUUCAGAUUGGGUAAUAGACUACUAAAGUCUUUUCUAUGCCACAAGGAAAGUGUAUUACUAGAGAAAUUUCUCACAUUAGAGAGAUUAUAUUUUCUGAUUAUUCUCAGAACUAGUGCUCAUGGCACAACUUUCUCUUGCAGCUUGCAACCACAUAUAAUCUCAUAUUAAUAGCUAGGGUAGAUCCUUUAUUCAUAUAGGCAGUGUUCCUCUACAUGGGCAUAACAGAACUCUCCCUCUCAACCUCGCCUUCCUGGACAUGCAUAAGGCCCCAUAUGCAAACUGUAUGUCACAGCACUCUGGAAAUGAGGAGGCUUGUGAGUACUGCCUUAAUCCUGUCCAGUCCUCCCAUUCUGCUCAGUAAAACUAUGUCAGCAGCAGCAGCCAUUUGAGGAUUCUGAAUGGUGUAGAAGUGCUGACUUGGAAUAUUUAUUUUAAAUAUCUGUACCCUGCUAGUUAGCUAAAGGCUCCCAGUAAUAAGAUAGCCUCUACCCUCAGGCUUGGAAUCUAAAGUGACGAAUGAAAAGGAAAAAAAUACAUCUCAAAGAUGCCAAGAAGAUUGAGGAUUUAGGCGUAAUGAACAUGCCAGCAUACUGAACAUCCUGAAAACAGCAUAUCUUUUUGGUAUCUGAGAAUUUUUCUUCCUUUUUGCUCAUUAUUUUUGAAUACUUUCUGGUUUUAGUGUGUGUGUGUUUUCUUAGUCUGAAAUACACGAUACAGAAGGAAAAGGUUUUGUGACUGAGGAAGAAAACAAAUGAACUUGGGUGCUAGUUCUUAGUUGCAUAGUUCUUGUAAGUUCUCACUGCCAUUGCUCAUUUGGCUGAUGGAUGGAACUAGGUUUGUCUUCCCUUUGCUAUGAAGUUCUUUCUGGGAGGCAGGGACAACAGCUUCUCAUUGACCCUUGGUUCCCUGGUCAAUGAUUGAGGCACAGCACCCUGCCCUGUGGUCUCAGAAUAACUUACACAGGCAGCUCUCCUAUUCCUAGUAAUAUCCCAUUGAAUGGUUCACAGGCAAUGAUGAGAGAGUGCAAUGAAGAGAGAGUAAUUUCCCAUUGUAUGGUUCACGGGCAAUGAAGAGAGAGUGCAAAUGGGGGUCCAGUGCAAGGCAGAAUCCUAUCCAUAGUGGAUAGUUAUGAAGUUGAGGGAUUGAUAAUUGCAAAAAGCCAAGGCCAGUCCUUUAGUAUGGGAUUCCAGUCCUUACUUGCACACUAGUAAAUUGUUUUAUGUCAAAUUUCCAGAGACUUUGCCCUGUGAUAAUGUUUAAUCAAAUGACAGAAACUCAUUGCCUAGUUAAUGACUAACAUAGCGCUUCCUUUGUUUUCAUACUGAUGUAUUGGUGCAGCCCUCAUACUCAAGUGUUGUUAACCUUGUGUUUGGUAGUAAACCCAAACAUAAGAGCUCAUAAGAGCUUGCAUGUUAGAAUACAUCCCUUCCAAACCAGCAUGUCUUAUUUUCUGCAUGCAGGAAAAAAUGUAUGGAGCAGUAUUCGAAUGUCUCAUUACUUUUCCUUAUAAAAUCAAAGCUGGACCAAACAUGUAGGGAAAAGGUGUCAGUUACAAUCUUCCCUGGUGCCCACAAAAAGCAAGGAUGAGGGAGGGGCAAAUCAGUGGGGACCAUGACAGUAGCAAAGGAUUAAAGACCACCCCACCUGUCACAUACAUACAUAAACAUGUGACAGCUAUGUCACACAUGUGUGGUGACUAUUAUUUUAAAUGGUCAACAUAGCAGGAUUACCUUAGGGCAGUUGGAACUGUUUUAAUUAAGUAAAAUAUUCCACAGUAACACACAAUUACUGAAGUCAGUUUGUCAAGUUAUAUGGCAGUAUCCUUCAUGGUUCAUGACCUGUUGGUCUUUAACGGUGUGUAACACUUGUUUAUCUGAGGCAUACAGCCUUAGUGACACCAACUCUCAAAUUGUAGAUCAUUACAUUUCUGUCAAGUAAUUAACUGCAGUCUACGGUGAACUAAGAUCAUACUGGCAACAGUUCAACUUAGCUGUUAAAAUUCUAAACGGAUAUGACCACAGGUCUUUAUAUAACAAUAAAUAGUAGCAAAGAAAAAGUGUGUGCUAUACACUGCCCUGUGAAAUGUUAGAACAGGUCUCUCAGCUCUAUCCGUUCCUUCCUUGGUUAUCAGUGCUAUUCACUUUGGUUCAUAGAACAUGAAGGUUCUCCUAUGCAAUAUGCAAAAUUCUGAAGAUUAUAUAUUAAAGGUGGUGGUGGGGUGUUGGCAGAACACUCUCCCCACCCCUGUUCUUCUGUUUCUGUCAUCUCCACUGUCUCUCUUCUUACCCUGAGAGAAGACAGAGGCUGGUACAAUACUGACUGUUACUGCUACUGAGCCUACUUAAAUGGGAAAAGACCAUGGGGUAAAGGAGAUAUCUAUCCAGGCAGGUAAUCAGAGUCUAGGAGGCUGGGGAGGAAAUAAUUGGCUCUCUCACCUGCUCUGGUCACUGUCUAGGGCAGGGGUCAGCAACCUAAGGCCCAUGGGCUGGAAGCGACACGCGGAGGUCGUUUGACCAGCCCACGAGCUGCCCCGAACCGAGCCGCCUGCUUGUGCGCUGCACUAAACCAGCACAGCGUGGGGACUCGCUUCCGCGGUGCUGGAAAUUGCGCAGGCGCAAACGCUGGAAAUCGCAGGCACGCGCAUGCGAUCCGGCCCAUGGAGGGAUCUUUGCGGGACUGAUCUGGCUCAGGCAAGAUAAACCUUGCCAACCCCUGGUCUAGGGAGUAACUAGAAGGGUUGGAAUUGAGCAGCAAGGUUUUUAAAAAAAACAAACAAACAACUGCUUCCUUAGAGAAAAACUUUAAAGAUAAUUAUUUAAUUUUAAUUAAUUAUGCCAUUUAUAGGCUGCUUCAUUUUCUGGGUGAUUGAAAACAGCUUUAAAAGCAGUAAAAAAAAUAAAAAUCACAUCACAGUAAAAUGCAGCAAAUAAAGCAUGUGCAUUAUAGAAACUAACUUGUGUAACUACAGAUGUCUAUAACGGUAGAUAGGCCUCCUGUUUUUACCAUACUAAUCCAAACUGGAUUGCAUAAGGCUUAUAUGUGUCAUUUUCAUAAUGUGUCACACCCACCGGUUUUAAAAAAUAACAAUAGUCAUUUGAAAACUGUGUGUGUAAAUAUUUACCAUUCCUUUUAAUGGGUAGCACUGUAAAUUGUUGCCUUACUCGGAGACAUUCCUUAAAGACCAUAGGCAGAAACACACAGACACUUGAAUUGUUCAUGGGGUUUAGACACACAAACAGGCACUGGAAUGUUCUUUUACAAAUGAAAUCUGUUCCCCUUGAGCACUGUAUUGGCCCGAAUAUAAGCCGCACCCAAAUAUAAGCUGCUCUAUUCCUCGCUUCUCCUGGCUGCAUACUGGGGGGGCGGGGGCGAGCCGCACUGCGUUGCCGGUGCCCUUUCCUCUUCCUCUCUCCCUUCCUGGCCUUGGGGGAGAGGACAGAAUACCACGUCCAGGGCGGGCGCUGCUUUGCCGCAGUCCUGGCGCUGUUUGCCCCGCGCUCCUGUCUGCAUACACAGGGUUGCGAAUAUAAGCCGCACUUUAACUUUUCAUGGUCGGAAUUUGGGGGGAAAGGGAGGCUUAUAUUCAGGCCAAUGCAGUAUUGCUGUUCUCCCCACCACACACACACACACACACACAGAGAGAGAGAGAGAGAGAGAGAGAGAGAGAGAGAGUUUUCCUACAAAGACUGUUGCCUGCUUUGAAACGCUCCUGCAUUUCUUAGUGGAGGUGAUAAACUGCUUUCCUUUUAUUUUAAGAGGCAGUUGAUUGGUUUUCUUCAUUUCAAGUUCCCAAAAGGAAGUAUUUUUCAUGAGCUAAUAAAUUAUUUAUACCAAGGCUCUAGGAGUCACAAUGUGAGAAUAAUGGGGCUGGAUUCUCAUUCCACCCUUCCUGCUGGCACUAGUGUUUUGCUACUCUUAAUUGUGUCAAGCUAUGUAGUACACUGGGUGCAAGUAUUUCCUAGCUGAUGCUGCGCACCCGGAUCCCAAUCUUCUAGCCAUCUGGUGAGACGAAAUGUAUUGUGAUGCAAAACCAGGAAAUUUUUACCAGAUUUUUCCAUAAUAAAUGGCUUCCCAGCUGCACAAAUAAAUAUCCACAGUACAAAAGAGAUACGCACAAAGUUGCAAUGUAAAAUUCUGUGGUGUUUCUGCUUCAGCCCCUCAUCUUGGCAGCAAUGAAGGGAUAGUACUGGGGUAGUCAACUUCUUGACUAUUUGGGAGACAAUUCAUUCACCCAAGUCUAUAAGACAUGGUAGUAGAAUGCAACAGGGGACUGAAUAAUUUGCCUUUAAGUGCCUAGGACAUAGAGUGGGAAAUACCAGACUAGCUGUCCGGGGUUUGGAAAUAUGUUAAUUGUGUCUGGUGAAGGAAAUGUCUUACCUAACCUGAGGCCAAUGCAGUACUUCCCAUAACCCUUGGGCUUUGGGGGGCCAGAUAUGACGCACAUGCAAGUAUGCUGCGCAAGAGGCAAUUUGGCUUGAUUUUAAACGUAAAAGUAAUGGGGGGAAACAGAGGUGGUGAAGAUAGCAAAUUUAGGUGCAUCUUAUCAGGGCUAUGGGAAACUCUGGGGAGAAAUUUAUAGAGGCAAACUAGGUCACAGCUCUUGUCACCCUUAUUGGACUGUUGUUCCACAGCAGAAGUGAACAGAUAAUACUGGGCUGCCCAUUGUUAAAGCUCCUUUUAAAGUGGUGUUGGAAGUGUGGUUAUACAAGAGACAAGUCAAAAUCUCAAAAUUCAGCAAACUGUAAAUUAGUCAGGAGUCAGGACUAACUACUGUAUUGGCUAAAUUUCUGAACUGCAAAACAAUUCACGUUCCAUUUUGUCUUUGUUAUGUGCUGAUGACCUUUGGCUUAAUUUUAAAAUAAAGGAACAAGAUAAGAUGGUUUUGUUUAAAGAUGCUGCACAUUUUAGCCUGUAUACUUUAAGUUAAUUUUUCAUACCAGCUUAUAGCAUCUAAGAAGUAUAAUGGAUUUUAAUUUUUAUUUAAUUGUGGUAUGUAAAAUGCAAGCCUAAGGCAAGCAUUUGAAAAGUGGACUGUUCUUUGUUUGUGAUAUACCAGACGUCAGGGACUGGCGAGUGUGCAGGGGGCUGGAGUCUGACUCAGGAGAGCAGGACAGUGGUUUGUAGGGACCUGUUCCAGCCAGGAGGCAAGAGUCAGAGGCAAGAGAAGCUUCAGAGCUUUAGCCUUAUUAUUGUGUCUACAAAGAAGCAAAAACUGUAAAAUAAUCACAUUGUAUUUUAUAUUGUGGAAAGCAAUGUGUGGCCUUCAUUUUCAGAACAUGCAGUUUACGGAUGGCUGUGUGGAGUGGGCUUCAACAGGAAACACAGUUACAACACUCUGUUAUCUCUGUUUUGUCAGGCUGCACCUCUUUAUCUACCUUAGUCAUGCCUAGCAUGUGUCUUUCAGAACUGUAACAUUUAACUUUUACUGACUAUAUUGCUAUAGAGCUGUGGUCAAAGCGUUGAGCCAGGAGAACUGUGCCUUACUUGUAAUCUGACAUUGCCCAACCUGUGUGGGCAGUUAAGUGACCUUUCUUUGUGGUUUUAAAGCAUGAGCUUGCUUCAGAUACUUCACUUGAUAAUCCUUCUGACCCGCUUUCGAAAUUAUAUGCCACCUUCAAUUACUUUGUUAACUGUUGUUUGCUUGAAGCUUUCUCUCUGCUCUGAAUAGAAUAGUUAAAAUGGCCAAGAAGCAUACUCUUAAUUUUAAACAUCUGUAGCUGUUUAAUGUCCUUUAUUUUCAGAUACGUAUUUCCAAAAAAAUCUCAAAACAUUUUACAACCUAUCUUAAAGAAUGAAAUAGAACAUUACAAAAUAUUAAAAUAACUAGACUGUCAUAUACACUGUUUUUAGCGGGGCAGACGACUUAAAUAUAAACAUUCAAGAUAAAAACUGAAUACAAAAAUACAAUAAAAUUCCACAUAUACAGCAUCAUUUGCAAUUAAACAAAAUAACUAAAAUAGAAGUUGCACCACAUUCUCCCACACACCUGGAACUAUAACCUCUCCCAAAGACGUCCUUUACAACCUUUCAUUUACAAGCCUCAUUCUCAAGGAUUCCCACCAAUCAUACUGAUAACACAGGUAAUGCUCAACCAACCAUUUGACAUAAAGAGAAUGCCUGGUCUGCAAAAAAUCCCAGACAGUUUUAAGCAUGAUUAACAACCUGCUCAUUCACCUAUCACCAUCUAGGGCAAUAAAGUAACAUACAAACAGCAACAUAACCACUCACUCCUUGUCUCUCAUCCAGGUAGCACCUUAAUUGCUUCGCUCUCCCAAACUAUGUGGAAUUAAACAACUUCAGAAGACACAAACACAUUACGACCCAGACUUUCACUCUGGGCAACCAAAAACACAAUUCCAGUUACCACCAUAAUACCUCCGGAUAUGUAUAUCUAGAUAAUAAUGUAAAUUACAUUAUGCUUUCUAAAUAUGAAGGAGAGAAGGAACUUCUUUUGAAAAAUUCUGAGAAACAGUGCUGCAGGCUCCCCCGCGCCCAGUUUAGGCAAUGGUGGGCAUCUCUUCCAGCCACCUGGCUAAUUUUCAAAAUUCCAAUAUUGCAUGAUAAAGGGACAUUCUCAAAGCCAAAACAUCUGGAGUAGAAAGCUAGUGUUCAGUUAGAAAAAUUCUAUUUCUUCACUAGGUUGGGGCACGCCUAUUAAAUUACAUAAAAGGGGAGAAAAAAACACAUGGGAAUGGCAAGUUUUAGGAAAUUCCAAAGAAGCAUGGUAAAUAAAUGCAAACAAGUAACAUCUGCCUCUGUGCUGUGACUCAGUGGGAAGGAUGGCGGUUCAAGCGCCUCUUCAAGGAAAUGCCACUCUGCAUAGUUGCAGUUUGUGCCCCACAAAAAUCUGAGCAAAGCGCAUUGGUGUUGGCCUGCUGGAAUCACUUUUUGCUGAAUAAAAAUGUUUUUUUACUAAAGGACUGAGGAAGCAAAGAGAACCUAGGAAGAACGCUGCUGGAUCUGGCCAGAGGCCCAUCUAGUGUACCAUCCUGUUCUCACAGUGACCAACAGUUGCCUAUGAGAAGCCCAAAAGCUGGACCUAAGCACAGCAGCACUCUCCCCACUUGUGAUUCCCAGAAACAGUCAAGCACUGGGGCCAGAAUCCAACCUUCCUUCUGAGGCCAGCUGCCAUGUCAUCAGAGCACUGCUGCCUCUCGGUCUGCAAAGCUUUUAUUAGUCUUAUAAAAGCACACUUCACACCCACUCCAAUUUAGAUACGGCUUUUAAUAUGUAUAGAGUUGGAACUGAUCAGUUCUAGGGGUCUGCCCAGUCAUGUUAUGGAUACCAUUUUCAGUGUGUUCACCCUGAGGAUGUGAACCAAUCUACUUAGAGAACAGAGACAUGUACAUGCAGGAUCAUGACGCUGGUGAUGGUUCAGCUUCAGGUGUUUUCCCAUUAAAAGUACAGUUGUACUUACCUAAAGCGUAGUUUUCCACUUGGAAUGGGAAAACGGAGUAUUUGGAAUGCUUUACAGUCUUACUCAGACCUAGCUUCCACCUUGGGCUCUAUAUUGGGGAAACAUGGGGUAUAAGACAGACAAACAGAUGGGAUUCUAUCCAACUAAGUUAUAUUCAGAGUAAACCCACUGAAAUUAAUGGACCUAGUAUUUGUAGAACUAACAUUGGAUAAAAUCCAUAGUUUUGGUGCAGAAACUACAUUGGUUACCCUGGUGCAUGACUGUUUCUGGGAGAUGGAUGAGGGGAGGUGCAAACCUUUUGAUUCUGCUGGACUUCUCAGCGCACUGGAAAGCAACAAGGCCCCUCUGCACCCCCAUGAAUAGUCAUCCCCAGACUUAAACAGAGAAAGCUUGUGUAUGUAGAACCUGAAAUACGAUACAAAAUGUACAGGCACUAUUCUCAUUUUGGAGGAAAAACUUUACUGCUUCCCCUUUUAGUGUUUAAUUUUCCCUCACCCUAGAAGAAAUCAUGUGAAUACCCCUGUAUCAGUAGCUUUUGAUACCAUCAGCCAUAGUAUCCUUCCGGGAUACCUUGUGAAGUUGGAUUUGAGGCCAUUGUUUUGCAGCUUUUCUGCCUUUUCCUGGGAUGUUGAUCUCAUAGGAUGGUGUUGGUUAGAACUGCUGUUCCACUCUCUGGCCAUUGACUUGUAAGGAACCACAGGUUUUCAUCUUUUCCCCAGUCUUGUUUUAAUCUUGUUUUGAUUAUUUUUUGUGACAUACUUUAUAUUUUGAAGGCUUCUUUAAAUACUUUGCAAAGGAAAAAGUGGACUAAAAACAAAAACUUAACUGGCAAAUGCAUGCUCCUCAGCCUGAGUUUGUUUAAGGAAUAGCAGUUGCCUAACGGGACACGGGUGGCGCUGUGGUCUAAACCACAGAGCCUAGGGCUUGCUGAUCAGAAGGUCGGCAGUUAGAAUCCGCGUGACGGGGUGAGCUCCUGUUGCUCAGUCCCAGCUCCUGCCAACCUAUCAGUUCAAAAGCACAUCAAAGUGCAAGUAGAUAAAUAGGUACAGCUUCAGCAGGAAGGUAAACAAUGUUUCCGUGCGUGGCUCUGGUUUCGCCAGAAGCGGCUUAGUCAUGCUGGCCACAUGACCCGGAAGCUGUACGCCGGCUCCCUCGGCCAAUAAAGCGAGAUGAGUGCCGCAACCCCAGAGUCGUUUGCGACUGGACUUAACUGUCAGGGGUCUUUUACCUUUACAUUUAACACUUGGUACCAUAUCAUUCCCCCCUCCCCCCACCGAAAUGCCCCCACAUGCCUCUUCCUCCUAGCACAAAUUGAAACAGAAUACUUUAUAGUUAACACUUUUAUGCUUGUACAACAUCACUGUAAAAGCUAGUGGGUGAGAUAAUAUCUUCUUUUCUUUCUUUUUUUUGCUAUGAUUUCCCUCUCGUUCCAAAAGCUGGGUAUCUUAGUCCAUAAUAAAUAUAAAUAAAGUCUGAUAAUGUUUCUGGACUGUAUUUUCUUUCAAUCAUACUCUCUUUCUCUCUCUCUCCAUCUCUUUCUCUUCUGCUUCUCCUCUUCCAGUAAUCGUCGCUCGAUGAGUUGGAAAUAGAUGAAAGAUCUAAAUAGUUUACAGUAGAAAUGAGAGGUUAAUUUACGCUCUGUUGAAAGUGAUUUGACUUCUGGUUUGUUUGCCAAUUGUCUGCGUGUUGCAGAGCAUGAGUUUUGUAAUCCAAGCUCUGCGGGAGCAGAGCUGUCUGUCGGCAUUUCUCAGCUUUCAACUGAAGAAUAUUUGGCCUACAUUUGCAGAGUAUUGAUUUUAUCUUCAGCAAAUGCCUGUUAUUAACUCUGUACACACAGACAAAUUCAUUGUAAUAAAGAGUUCAUUUCUUUCAGAUAUACAGCCGUACCUUGGGAGUCAAACGGAAUCCAUUCCGGAAGUCCGUUCAACUUCCAAAAUGUUUGGAAACCAAAGCGUUGCUGCUGCUGCUGCUGCUUCUUUUUACAUCCUGGCCUUUUUUUUUUUUUUAAUUAUUAUUAAUUUACAUCCAUACACAAUCUUAGGUACAUGUACAGCCUUAAAUAAUUAUACCAUUUAAUAUUGAUUUAAACUUGUAUUUGUACAUGCUCCUUUCUUAUAAUUUCUGACUAAACAAAAAUAAACAAAAGUAAAAAAUCCAAUAAACUAAAUUGUAUGAAAACAGACUUCCCGUCAUUUCCCGAUGUAAGUUACAUUUACGACAUUGAGUGUACUUAUACUUCUUACCUUACUCUUACUAUAGUUUGUAGUACUUUAUUAUAACAUAUCGUACCAUUUUUCCUUGCUUAGUAGUAUUUAAUUUACACAAGGGUCAUUCAAAUGCUGCCAUAGAUGUUAUGUUGUUGUUAUAGUUUUGUAGGUAUUUCUUGAGCAUAUCCCAUUUUUGCGUGAAUGAUUGUUUUGUAUUUCCCCUUAAUCUAUCUGUCAGUUGAGCCAAUUCUGCAUAGCCUAAUAACUUAUUCUGCCAUUCCAUUACUCUUGGUACUUUUCCCCCUUUCCAGUUCGAUGCAAUUAAUAACUGAGCAGCGGCUGUUGCAUAUAAAAAUAUUUCUUUUAUAUUUUUUGGGAUAUCACUGCCUAAAAUUCCAAGUAGAAAUGCUUCUGGCUUCUUUGCAAAUGUUAAUUUAAAGCUCUUUUUCAUCUCAUCAUAGAUGAGGUUCCAGAACUCUUUAAUUUUUCGGCAUGUCCACCACUUAUGGUACAUAUCUCCUUUUGUUUCCCCACACCGCCAACAUUUGUCUGAAAUAUUUUUAUACAUUUUGGAGAGUUUUGAUGGUGUAAGGUACCACCUGAACUGCAGGAAGCGCAGCUUCUGAUUCGCUGCAGGAAGCUCCUGCAUCCAAUUGGAAGCCCUGUCGGAUGUUCGGCUUCCAAAAAUAGUUCGCAAACCGGAGCAGUCACUUCCGGGUUUGCGGCGUUCGGAAGCUAAAACGUUUGAGAACUAAGCUGUUCGAAAACCAAGGUACGACUGUACAGUAUAGGUGUUAGUAAUAAAAGUAUUUUAUAUUUGUAAACAAAAAAGAUCUGUAUUUCGGUGAAUUUGCUUGUGUGUUGAGAGUUCAUAGGGUAGCUUAAGAUUACAUUGCAAAGCACAACAUCAGAUGAUAGCACAAUGCUAUACAUGUUUACUCAAAAGUCAGUCUUAUUAACUUCAGUGGGGCUUACUCCUAGGUGAUUAUGUCUAUAUAGGAUUGAUUUGUUUGCCCCAGGUUGUUGCAGUACACCAUGACUAAGAAGAAGAUGAGUUCCCGAUUUUUGAAAUACCUUAGGAGCUAGCUAAAUUUGUUCCAGAGCUUGCUUCUCCUCCUAUCUCAGGGUUAGCUUCUGAACAUCUUCAAAAUCCUUUCUUUACAGCCAUAUAAGCUAGUAAAUAUCUUCCCAAUUUGGGAUAGUAAAUGGAACAGUUCAUAUCAUAACUGCCCUUAUGCAAUACUGUGUACAUGUAUGGUCAAACCUUUUUCAAAAAUGGCACUGUAGAACUGGAAAAGGUGCAACCAAAAUUUAGCAGAGAGCUGGAGCACUAUUAGGUAAAGCUAAAGCAUUUGGGGCUUUUUAGUUUAGAAAAGUACAUCUAAAUGCUAGGGGUUUAUAACCACAAAGCAGAACUUGUGGUCUUCCAGAUGUUGUUGGACUACAGCUCCCAUCACCCCAACCACAAGUUAGGGCUAAAGACAGUGACAUCCGGAAAGCCACUUGUUCCCCAACUCUGGUUUAUAAAAUUAUGCAUGGUAUAAAGAGGAUGGAUACAGAUAAGUGUUAUUAUAGAACCCCCAGUUUUAUUUUCAGUUCCAUUGCUAAUACAGGUGCUCCCCCACUUACACAGGGGUUCUGUUCCAGGCCCCUGCAUGCACAAAUGAAAUCACAUAAAGUGGUUUGCACGGGGAGGAGAGGAGGAGACUCACAUGGGCUGCAGCCCAGCCGGUCCCAAAUCUGUCUGCCUGCCUGCCUGCCUGCGGAGAGCCAGAAGGGCCAAGAAGGGCACCCAGCAGAACUGGUGUCAGAAUGGGGGUGCAAACGCAGCAGAGGUGGGGAGAAGGCACCACCCACCCCAUGCCGCUGGUUGAUCAAAGGUGGCCUUCCCUCACUUGGGCAGCAGCCCCAAGAGAAUGAAGGGCUAGUUAUUUAUUUCAUGGUAAAUGUGGUUGUGAGUGAUGGGGAUGCUCAUUAGUAGUGUGUGUGUGUGUGUGUGUGUGUGUGAGAGAGAGAGAGAGAGAGAGAGAGAGAGAGAGAGAGAGAGAGAGCCAGAGCCUGUACACUCUAGCCUGGGAUUUGGCUAGAGCACAUUCAGCUGAUAUUUUUACUGAGCGCUUCCCCACUACCCUAAGUUUUCUUUCUUGCUUAGUCACUGCUAAUCCAUAUAGUUAGUGACCAAUUAAAACUAAGUUUAUGCCUUAAUGACAUGGGAUUUGCUUUGUUGUGUUUCUCUUGCAGUGGAAUCUGGUGUGUGAUGAUGACUGGAAAACCCCCUUAACUACAUCAUUGUUCUUUGUGGGUGUGCUGCUUGGAUCCUUUGUAUCAGGACAGCUCUCAGACAGGUAAAGUACACAGUCAGCUGGCUGCCCUAGGAUUUUCGCCCUGCACUUUUGAGGGAGCAGGAUCAUGUUUGGUAUUUUCAAUUCCAGCUCUGAACCAAAAUUAGACAUAUGCAGCAGGCUUCAAAUAGUGUGCCAUGCUCAGUGUGAAUUUCCCCUUUACUUUCUAGACUAUUUUAGGCAAGCCUCAGUAAAAAAAGAAAGACACAUACUUCCUUGACUGCUACAUCUUAUUUAUUUACCGUAUUUAAUAUAAUUUAUACACCACUUGAUUGUAAAAAACCUCAAAGCACUUUAUAAGUCUUACACAUGCAUAUGAGGGAGAGAGGGAGACUGAGUGUACCAUGCUGUAUAUGGUAUUCAUUCUUGCCUACAAAAAGUAAAUAAUAAUAAUAUUAUGCAACCUGUUUAUGCCAGUACUUUCAGAUUAAUUUUCACUUCCGUAAAAGGACACUGUGAGUAUGAGUGUAACACAGGAAAAGGAAAUAAAAAUACACCCGAGCCAGGAUGAAGAUAAAAGAAAAAGGAUUGUGGUAAACCAUUGCUGCAAGGUUUUCACAAUCAGUGUUACAAUUUGGGCAGCAAAAUGCUAUUGUUAUUUCUGUGAUUGUAAGUUGUUUUCAACUCUUCUAAUAUUCUGUUUUAAUUGUUGUAACCUGCGCUGGGAUGUUAGAAAGAAGGGCAAGUAAUUAAUUAUUGUGAAUGCUAAUAUUCUGGACAUGUUGCCUUGAGAGGCUGUGAUCUUGAGGACAUAAGUAAAAGGAAGUGUGUGCUGAACCCUUGUUUUACUGGACUUUUUUUGUUUGCUUAAUCUCUCCCCCCCCCCCAAUACUGUUCCCUGGUGGGUUCCAGAGGCACAUUUACAAGGGCAAAUAUUGCAUCUGGAACUUCAGAGAAACUCCCCAGAGGCUAUUUCAUUUAAAAACAAAGUUAGUGCAAUACAUGUAUUUGCAUGUAGUUUUCUCCUUGAGUUGCUGGACAAAGGCAAUCUUUGCUUUCUGUCAUUUCUAUUAAAAACCCCCAACAAAUUCAUGCAUGGCAUAAAUAUGUCACCAUGUUCUAAUCAAUAACGCAAAAUUCAUCCUGUGCUUGCCACCGGAUGUUCCAUGGCUGUAGAUUUUCAUCUCUCAUCAGGAGAUAAUGAAAAUGACAUGCUGCCACCAUGUGUUCAUCUGCUAAGAAAGGCAAAUCCAGAUUAUUUAACUUUAUCAAUUGUAAAAUUAUUGUGACAUCAGCUGAUACUUAAAAUACUUGUUAUCUGGUGAUAUCUUGCUUCUCUUUUCUAAGCAUCACUCCGAUUAGACAGAAUACAGAAAACCCCAGAAUUUUGUCCAACAAUAUUUACAUAACUUCAAUGGUUUAAAGCAAAGGUACCUGUAGCUGUGCUGCCUCUUGGUGUGAUGUGCAUAAUGAGUUAAUUGCCAUUUUAAUUUGCAAUUAGAGAAUGCACAGGACAAAUUGGUGGUAGUCAAGCUUUAUUAAUUUGAGUUCAAAGAAUAGUCUACAUCAUCAUCAUCACCAUUAUUACAAGCUGACCCCAUGGGUGCAACCCUGCCUAAUUUUUGUACUCCCCCCCCCCCCAAAAAAAGAUUCUGCUAACUCCCUGCUUUUUAUAACAUCUUGCCUGAUGCAGAGUUCUGGAGAACUCAAAAGUUGGUUAAUCCUUGGCAUCCUUCCAGGGGGGACACACCCAUGGUGGGCAGGACCAGAAGCAAAAGUGGGCAACAUGUAAAUUUUACCUUUGCAUAUAAUAGUAGAGUUUUUACACACACUUGCAUGGCCUACUCUAUCUUGCAUCCAUGCAAGCAAAAAGCAUUAUUGGAGUUCAGGGGCACACUCCAGCCAGGAAAUAACCCUCAAAAGUUCCUGUAAAGUAGGGUUUCCCAAAUCUGGAUCUCUAGCUGUUUUUGGACUACAAUUCCCAACAUCUUUGACCACUGGUCCUGCUAGCUAGGGAUGGUGGGAGUUGUAGUCCAACAACAGCUGGAGGGCCAAGUUUGGGAAACCUUUCUAUAAAGCAGGACCAUUGAAGGGUGUGGCUGGGGAAGGUGUGUGGCCUGGGUUGAGUCCCCAUGGCCAGACAAAGGAGCCCAGGGAAUUCAAUUUGACUCUAUGGCCCAUCUCUGUACUAGGGUACUGUUUUCAUUUUUGAAAAGUGGGGCUCAUCAAAUGUCACAAGUCUGUGUUCUAGUGAAAAAUAAUGAACAGGUCGUGCAAUGUUGGGUGAAUAUUGCCAAUAUCUAAACUUUCAAAAGGUAAACUCAACAUUCCAGCCCCUCUCUGCAGGAGAAAUGUCUGCUCCUUGAGUCUUAAGUUAAAUCAACCUGCUAGGUUUCUUUGCUUUCUCUAGAACGCGGCAAUAACAAUAUUGUGGAUUCAUUUGCGGUCUUGCUUGUUUGUUUUUUGUUCUUUUCCUCAAAAGGUUUGGCAGAAAGUCUAUUCUAUUUGCAACUAUGGCUGUGCAGACAGGUUUCAGCUUCCUGCAGAUCUUCUCAACCAGCUGGGAAAUGUUCACAGUUCUUUUUGUUCUAGUUGGCAUGGGACAGAUUUCAAACUACGUUGUGGCCUUCAUAUUAGGUAAGACUAUUUCCACUCCAUUGAAAUGUCCUAUUAGCAUGGUAGUUUGAGUAUGCAUACUAAUUUCACUUAGUAAGAAAUGAUUCUAUGUAACUGAUAGUCCUGUGCCUAAGAGCGUAAACUUCUUUUAGGAACAUUUCGCAAAAUUGAUAUAGAUAAAUUUGCCAUAAUCUAUUCUGCUCUGUAGGUCAGGAAUUUAGGUCUGGUUCUCAGGGCCAAACUAGAUGAGAUGAUGAAGAUAUUUCUUUCUUUGGCCAAUUGCAAUUUCAGCAAUGGCAUGGAAAUUAUUUUUAGAUAUUUAAGUUUCCCAGUAAUUUGGUGAGAAAUGAGCAGAGAACAAUUCAAAAACUCUUCAAUCCCCCAAAAUGUGGAUGAACAAUGAGUUGAAUGGGCAUUUCAAAAAUGUUACAUUCCUAUGGAGACUAGAGUGGUAUGCAUCUGCAAAAUAUGUCAAAAAUUGUAUUUUUUUAAAAAAUCAGAUUAUCUCAUCAGAUAAUCUCAUCAGAUAAUUAACUCAUUCAGAUUAUUUUAUGUGUUCCACGCUGCUGGUAUUAUUAUUAUUAUUUGAUUUAUUUGUGUCAUGCCAUCACUGUAUACAAUGAUUCACAGGGUAAAAUAAGUAAACAAAAAUAGCUUAUGCUCCAAAAUCCUUUAUAAUCUAUAAUCUAAAUGGUGGUUGGAAGAAAAGGGGGCACAAAGGAGGUAACCCUCAAGUAAAUGGUUUACUUAGUAGAGGCAACCUCCAUAUAGUGCCAUUUGAAAGUGGCUACCACAUCAGAGCUGUUUACAUAUAGGUGCUUGUCUUUCCCAUUUCAAACAUUACUAAGUUUCUGUAAAUUUGAUUAUACUGUAGUUUCAUUGACACUUAUUUAAACUUCUCCUGUAUUAAUAUAGUUUUUAUCAGGAUGGGAUAUUUUAAUCUUUCCCCACCCCCCAGAAAAUGUUCAGCUUUGUUUUGAGGUGCUUGAAGCCUCUUGUGAUGGAUAUAGGGACAGAAUGUUAUUGUAUGAUGCAUUUUAACAUGUAGAAAGCGACUCUUUCCAUUUUAAAAAACAUGUUUCUAUUUGUUGAGGCAAAAUUGUGUUUCCUUGAACUGCCAUGCAUUAUUUUUAUUGUACUGGACCAAGCUGGGCUGAAGGCAGCCGGGGUUAGCAGGGUUUCUCAGGCAGGACAGUGAUGCAUUCCUGGUGUCCCAACGCCGUGCAUUGCUGCGGCUGACCAAGAGGAGGAAGAGUGAGGUGCAGGAUGCUCAGCAGCGUGUGGGCACUGUGCCACACCAUGCGGAGCUCCCAGCGCCUUGCCCCUCCCCCCUUGGUAAGUGGCAAUGAUGCUUUGUGUUGGGAAGUCAGGUGUGCACCCCACCCCCGCCUGCACCAGCCUAUCGACCACAGCUGACAGAAUGGGAAUGGUGAACUGCAUUUUAAAAAUGGAAAAUUUUAUACCUGUGGGUUGGGUUUUUAAAAAAAAUUAAACCCACUUUGUCCAUGCCUCAUGUCUUUGUGCAUUUAAGUAAAAUAUGCUUAAGAUGUCUCUCAUUUUCAUUGUCUCUCCAGCAGCGUAGACUGAAUAACAAUGCAAUUCUGUUAACCGACAUAUUCCGUACUUGUACAGAUUUUCCUUCCUCAUUUGGUACCCUUUGCUGGAGAAAUCUCAAAGGCUGUAGCCACAAAUCCCAAACACUGAAGCAGGAUUGUACAGGGGACAGGAGUGGGGGUAUAGGCAGGGAGUCAUGCAGUUGUGGAAAGUUACAUCCACUAACUACUGGAAUCACUUCAUUUGGACAUGCUUUGAGUUCACACAUGCUCAUUUCAAUAAACUGGAGCAAUGAUUUUCUCUUUUGGAGGAACUGUUGACUUUUUUGUACUAUGGGGCACUUUUUUCAGUCUGAUAAUCAUACUGCACAGUUUGGUUUAUUUUCAAAACCUUUCCUAGGCUCAUGUACCCUCUGUGCCUUAACACUGUGUUCACACAAAAGCAAGCAACUUCACUUGUAUAUGUAUGUAAUUGUUUUUUAAAAGGCACUUUUUUGUUGCCCUACUAAUCCUUUAUCAGGCUAUUGAGUACCAACACCUCAUCCCUCCCCCCAAAUCACUGCCCAAAAUUGUUUGAAGCACAUCAUGUUUUUGCCCCAGGUUGCUGUUAUGUGUUGUCAUCUCCAUGGGUUUGAUCCCCAGCAUGAAUCCCAAGUUUGUGUGAGUGUGUCAUUCCUUAGUGUUCAGAGGCAGACAGAAAAUUCCACCCUGUUUUACCUUGAUCAAACAUAGCCACAUUAUCAGGCUGGCUCAUAAACUUUAGUACUACAAUUUCUUUAUCACCCCUCCAUGUUGGCAAAACUGUAUUGCCACAUAUUAAUUUUCUAAGCAUCAUCUGACUUCCAAGAAUGGUUAGAUUUAUAACCUUUAAUGACACUUUAAACAAAGUUUCAUAAGGAGAAUUAAUAUAAAUUUCCUCUUGGAAAUAAAAAGAGAGCAUUCUUAAGGCAAGAUGUUCUCUUUUCCUACUGCAAUAGCAGCACUGAGGGCCAGGAAAUAAAGUGUGCUAAUACUUUCUCCUUCACCCUGGUGGUAUAUAAAGGAAUAUUGCCACACUAUCUUAAUUAAGAAGGCGGUCAAAAAGAGCACUCAUAACCCUUGUGUGCACAUUCCUUCCACAACAAAUGUUGUACUGACUGCACUGUUCUUUCAAGCAAUUUUCAAGAAUUAUUCAAGUUGCCAGAGUCUACUUGAAAAUGACCUGAUGUAUAUUUCUGGUAGCACAGCUCUUGAAAACCUUUUUGAGCAUGCUCCAACUAAGACAGAACAAAUUCCCGAAAGUAUCUUCCUUCCUCUUUUUAUUUUCUGCAGGGGCAUUCAGCAAUGAAGCAAUAUAAUUUAUGAAACGAUUCCACACAAUUCCAGCAUUACAAACUUGUGUUUUUAAAAUGUGUAUAAAGAGGCCACAAGUGCAGGAAAUGAAGAGAAAAGGGAGAACUCAAAUAUGUACAGAAAUCAAACAAAUACAUUUACUAGCUAAGAAUCACGUAAUAUAUUUUAUAGAAACUGAUUUGUAUGCAACUUUGGAGCCUCUUUUCUUAAUUCAUUCCAGAACAUACAAAGUUGUUUCAUAAUGUGUAAGGCAUACUGUAAAAUAGGGGGUAGGAGUGGGUGGGUGGAUGAAAGAGAGAUAGAGACCCGCCCCACCUCCCAAAAAAUCCAUCUGAACCAUCCACUUGAUUCUGCUGAAUUCAGUCUUCUUCAUAAUAAGAAAUUGUGAACUGAAAUGCAGGAUUCAAUGACCAAAACUCAGGUACCCAUUGUUGAGAAUCUUGUCACCAGUAAACAUACUUGAUUAUUUCAUUUUCCAUAAACUGCUUCAGAGAAAAGUUCUUCACAGAACUGAAGAAAAUAUAAAAUUUGCUGCACCAGUUGGUUCAUCACUCAUAUCUUACAAGAUUUCUGACUGGGUUUACACAAUGGCCUUUCAGUCAUGGGGUGGCCUAUUGUGAUGAGAUACCUAUGAAACGGGAAUUUAAAGGUUAAACAAUAAUUAGAUUCCCUAGGUUUGGCAGUCUUGAUUUUUGAACUUGCUGGAUGCUAAACUGGAAAAGGGCCUAAUACAAAAUAGUAAUGUGACUUCAUCUUAGAGAAGGAAAUGCAUAAUGGUACAGUUUUAUGAGUAUCAAUGGCAAUUGUACUGUAAGAGAUGAUGUAGCAUAGUGGCUCAGUGUGUGAAGUCCCUAAUUCAAAUCUUGCCUCAGCUGCAAACUCACUAGGGAGUUGUACACAAUAGUAUUCUCCCAGUCCCCAAUAUGGGAAUAAUAGUAAUAUGCACUUUCAUGACAAUAAUAAUAUGGACCUUUCUUCCUUCGCUUGUUGAGGGAAUUGCUGAGAUAAUCCCUCAGAUACCUUGCGCUUGGUUUCCCUCUUUUGAUGCAGCUGCUAGGACUGCACUUAGAAAACCCAGUUUUAAAUGUGUGAUUGUUCCGAUCAACUGUUCAAGAGGAGAGAGAACUGUAGAGGGGGCUGCCCUUAGUUACCUACCCUGCUUCCCCUCUCCACAGAUGGACACAUUUCUGCCUGCAUUGGGGGCACUAACAACUCCAUGGCCCUAACAGUUUCAUGAAUGUAUACUUGGAGUGAUGAAGAAGAAGAAGAAUUUAUUCAUAUCCCAUCUUUUUCCCUGGUUUAGGCCAAUGUAUGUGAAGGACUUCGAAUAUUUUAAAGGACUACCUAAAUGAUAAGUGUAUUUUUAAUGACACUGAAGGUUCACCAAAGAAAUAAUUCAUUAGCCCCCAUAGUCUUCACAGAAUUACUGGCACCAGGAAGUUCCCCCCUUCUUCAAAGCUUUCUGUUACAGAUGGUUAUUGGGGAAUGUGGCAGGUGUUUUUAUUAUUCUUCAGAGUGAACCAAAGUAGUACUUAAAUCUCAUUAUAAAUUUGGAUAUUAUAGCCCUUAUUUUCUGUUUUUAAAAUUAAGAUUAUUUUUCUUAUUUAAAGCAUUUUAAAGCAUUUUUCAACAUUUGACGCAACCCCAGAGUUUGUUCCAGUGAGUCUGGGCUCGUCAGCAUUCACAACAGGGCAGUGUUCCUCUGGCCUCCCAGAAAUCUCUGAAAUUGAGCAGGAUGAGUCUGGCCCUGCCCCCAAGGCCAGGUGGAAAGGGAGCGGUCUUCAGCACUCACAGUAGGGCAAACAUCUAGUCAUUUUUGUUAGAAUUAAUACUAGUUGUAGGGUUGAGAUAGGAUCAAAUGGGACUCUGCUUGUAUGACAGGGCUAUCCCGACUCCCCACCAAAAAAGCCAUCUGGGUCCCUGCAAAAUCUUCUCCUGGAGGUCAGCAGCCCCUCUGGAGCCGAAUGGGCUGGGCUACAAUGCACUGCUGUAGGCUGCGAAAAUUGGAGGAAUUUGGGAGGGCUGCUUUUCUCAAGCAGAAUUGCUUUUUCGCUUGCACAAGACAUCUCUGGAUCUAAGCUAUGGUUACAAAUGGAAUGACUCUUUCGUGCUCUACUUGUGAGUGUCUAGAGAGAUAUGAUUCGCUGGUGUUGGGAACAUAAUAAUGGAUUAUCUGAACCUUGGUCAAACCUAGCAAAGGCAAUUCUGAUAUUUUUUAAUAGAGGUUGAAACAGAUUCUUAAUAAUGUUAUAGCUGUGUUUGAUAAUCCCCUCCCAUUUCUUCCCCCUCCCCCAGCAUUAUAUCCUAUCUUACACAUUAAACCAUAGUUACAAGCAUAGCUUAAUUCUGGGCCAUACUUCUCUUGAAAUGUUCUAGGACAAAUGACUCCAUUUUAAAGACUGUAUUCAUUUUUCAAAAUGCAAUAGAAUAUUUCGAGUAACUUUUUUUUAAAGAGGGGGGAGAGAGUUAAGAUGCUAACCCACACUCCUUGUUUUGAACAGGCACAGAAAUUCUUGGCAAAUCAGUUCGUAUUAUAUUCUCUACAUUAGGAGUUUGCAUAUUUUUUGCAAUUGGCUACAUGUUGCUGCCACUAUUUGCUUACUUCAUCAGAGAAUGGCGGAUGCUGCUACUGGCUCUUACUGUACCUGGGGUUUGCUGCGUUCCACUGUGGUGGUGAGUCUUAAUGUUUGAAAGGCGUUCAGCUUCAGAAAUGUGUCAUCUGUAGCUGAUAGCCUUCAACUUGCAUUGUUAUAUAACCAGCUGGAGGAUUUUAACAGCCUUUGGUUGCUGUGGAUAUAUUCCCCACCCCUGGCAUUUUGGUUGCAGAGAACAGAAUUGUCUUCAAUGCCGAACAUGUUCUUUACAGAUAAAUUAUCUUUCUUUUUAGAGCCUGACUGACUCUGGUAGCUUGGUUGAGUGCAUCCUGUGCCGGCUCUUCAAUGCAAUUUUGAAAUUAUUUCUCUCUUUUCUUAUUCUUUUUCCUCCAGCUUUUUUUAUUGCCUUUUUUGAAUCUUACUAGAUGAGCACUCUUGUACAACCUUUCCCUUUCUCUAAUUUUCUUCCAUCCCCAUUUUCUUCAUAGUUACAACUAAAAAUUUUCCUGAAAUAUCUGUUAUAAAUUACAUAAAAUAGACAAUUCACCUUGCUCCUCCAAUAGUAGUCAUAGAAAAGUAGUGGUUAAAUCUUCUGGAUCACAUUAUAUAAUUUCAGUUGGAUACCUUCUGAAUGUACAGUGGUACCUCGGUUUUCGAGCAUCUUGGAAGCCAAACGUUUCGGUUUUCGAACGCCAAAAAUCCAGUAGAAAAUGUUUCCGUUUUUGAACGUGCCUCCAAAGUCAAACAGCUUCUGCUGCAUUUUUUUCAAUUUCCUCCACUGACUUUGCCAAUCGCCCUUUGCACCUCAGUUGUUGAAUGUUUCGGAAGAGGAACGGUCUUCCAGAACGGAUUACGUUCGACAACCAAGGUACCACUGUAUUUGAUAUAUGUAACCUAUUUACUUGUUUGCAACUCUGACAUAUCUAGGCAUAGUGAGGGAUUGGGGAAGGCAUUGCAAGUUCAUCUUUAGGGGGGGAAAUAGCUCCCUAAAAACCUUUGAAUGACCUAAUGAUUCUUAACACGGAUGCUGAAUCUAACUCAACUUCUUAAACCAGAAAAAUAUUGAAAACACAUAUGUACCUGUCUUGGACUGGGUGUGUAUGUUUUGCUUGGUAUUCGCUCCUGCAUUACUGCUCAGUUUGGGAUGUGAUGUUAAGUUUAUUCCAGCAUCACCAUUUGUAGCAGCUUAAUGCUAUAGCUAUUUUCACUAGUAGGGUAUUCGGAUGGUGAAGUAGAAGAAGAGCCACACUACUCCCAACACUUUGCUCCUGGGCUAAUUCUGCCCUCCAUCUGCCCCUGUCUGCCCUGGUGCCCAUGGAUUUCCCCUGACAGAAUUUUUUUCUCCAGUAGCUAGCAAUAUGUUGGCACUAAAUAUUUCAGUAAUAAUAGUUUUUUAUUCAUUCUAUAGUUGGUGUCUGCUGCAAAUAACAUGAACAGGAGUAUGGGCCUUUUUAUUCCCCUACCCCACCCUACCCUCCAGCUAAUAAUUUUUUCAUCUGAAAAAGCUGUUAAGUUGAUUCUAAAAUGUGGUGUACAGCUCAAAUGUUCUUGAGGGACAUAUCACAUUUAAUUUAAUGUAUUUAUGCUAACUCAUUUAUCCCUUGUUCUCUCUGUACCCCAUAGUGCGCACACACUCUCUUCCCUGCUUCCUUCACCACCGCAGGGCUCUCUGAGUCCCCCCCACCUCUUCUGCUCCAUAGCUAACACGCCUUUCCCCCCACUACCUCAGGCCUUUCUGCAAUCCCAGCUCUGUUUCUUUCUUUUUCUUGCAUUAGGCCUUUUGUUUUGUUUACACACACACUUUUGAAUACUAUUAUCUGCUUUCCUUCUCCUAUUCCCCAAGUUCUGGGCGACAGAACAUAAGGCAUUCACUCUCCUAGAAAUUGCACAGUGGUAAUUCAAGUGGUGGCUAGUUACAACAGGCUAGAAAAACUAGUACAGAUUCUACCUUGUAGACCUAUUGAUAACGGUAUUUGACCAUCUCUGCACCCACUUUUGAUGUGCUUGAGUGAGGUGGGAAGAGCUGCAAACAAAGGGGUAUUUUUAAUUUUCUGAGAAGGAUUCAGUCAACUUUUUAGAUUUGUUGACUUGAAAUAAUGAUUUGGCAGUGGCCUUAAAAUUUCACUAUUGUGAACACAUCAGUUUCAGAUGCUCUUAAUAUACAGGAACUGUGCAUUUUUAAAAGGGUUUUAAGAAUCUGCUACCCUGUUAAGCAAUUUUGCUUCAUUACAUUUUAGUCUACAGGGAAUGUGUAUGGUGUCUUUUCUCCACCCAUACUCCAUUCCUCCCAACCUCAGACUACUUGUUUGAGUUCUACAUAGGUGUCCUCCAUCUUUAAUCUUGUCCACCAAAGCCCUCUCCCUAAGUUUCUGGUGGCUGAUGUUUGAUGUGUGUUUUUGCUAGGGAGAAACUUCUAAAAUGAAUUCCCCACUUUAGCUGCUGAAACAAAAACGUGGUUCAACCUUGGUCCCAGCUGCUUUCUACUCUGCUAAUCAGUUUGCCAGUUUGCUGAAGGGUAAAGCUGACUGUUAGAGAUUAGAAAUGUGCCUUGGGGUUGACCUGACUCCCUGAAAUGUCCUACUUUUUAGCCUUGGUUCCACAAAAAUAAAAUAGCAGAUAGUUUUAAUCAAAAUCCUGCUAGCUACCAUAUGUAUUGUUUCCUAUGGUGGUUGCACUAGAGAGUUUUCCCUUUAGUUACUUCUUGUGUCUUCAUAUAGUUCUUCCUUCCACUUCUAAUUUUCCUGCUUUUUGUUCCUGCAAAUCUUGAGUUGUUGAGCUCAUAGCUAGCCAGUGUCCAUGUGAUUCAGCAGCUACAAAGUAAGAGACCACAUUUUAUAAUGGGCCACAUUUUUGAAAAGACUGUCACAGGUAUCUGUAGCAAACUCCCAAAAAGAGGUACUCUCCUUUUCCAGUUCUGCUGGCCAAAUAACAUAAGAUUGAAGGAGAUGGGUUGCAGCAAUCUGAGAUCCAGGUGGAAUCUCUCUUUUCCAGUUUGCCUGAUACACUUUAGAUGUGAAGCUAGUUUCUUGGAAGAUGGGUAUUGAAGCCGCUUUAGGGGUCCCAGAAUGGAAAGUAAUCUUGGAAGGUAAUUAUUAGACAGUAUGUAGGGUGUAGGAAGCAGACUUUAGCUUGAGUGGCCAUGUUAUUAUGCUCAGGAAACAAAAUGCACUCUCUCCUCUCUCCCCCCCCCCUUUUGGAGGAGGGUUAAUUUUGUGUUUUCCAUGCAUUCUUCCCUCAUGUUCACUACAACUCUUGGAUUUUCAUGCAUUUCAGCCUUGGCCAUUUCAACACUUGCUAAUUCCCCUGUGUGUGUACACAAAACUACCCCUCUUAAGUGCUCUUGGAUAUUUCUCUUUUGGCUUUCAGUUGCAGUCAUUUCCUUUACACCUUUUUUUUUCAAAUCAAUACAAAUUUAAACAAAUUCUCACUGAACUCGCUUCUGGCUGGUUAUGUGGUUUCAGUAUGAAAAGAGAUUAUAUAUAUACAUAUAUAUAUAUAUUUAGAGUUAUUUUGUCCAUGACUUGGUGAAGUAGCAUACAAGAGAGUGGUGAUCUAUUAUGCUUAGCUUGACGCUCAGAGAAGAUCUGUGAUGUGAAGUGAGUUAUGCCAAACAGACAACUUCUCAACUUAUUUUCAUGUAUAGAUCCAAACUUGUAGAAUCCUCUCUCAGUGAACAGCCUCUGUUUUAAUAUUAAGGUGAUAAAGAGAAUGUGGUUUAAUGGUUUUUAUAGGUUUAAGCAAAUUAAUUCACUUUGUUACAGAAAUGCCUUACUGCUGCCUUUUUUAUUAUUUUUCUCUUUUGUAUUAAACAAAAACAUCCUUGCAGGCAAGCACCUGCAUGUAUAGGGUUUUGAGCUCUGUGGACUGGGCAUUAUAGGAAAUAGAGGGAGCUUCAGACCUCUUGUGUCUCUAUCCAGCCCUUUUCUCUGAAUGUCUGUAUGUGUUAGUCACCCCAUAACAUACAUUCUCUGGGCAACAUUUUAAUUUAUAUUUUAUUGUAUUGUAUUUUCUUUAUUCUUUGUAAACUGCUUUGAGACCCAGAUGAGGUGCAAAGUGGUGUAUAAUUUAAAAUAAAUACAUAAAUAAUAAACCUACAAUAACUUAAGUUUAAAAUACAACACUAAAUAUACUAAAGCUCAUGUUCCUCAAAAGUUUGCAAGGAGCUGGAUGGGAAUAAGGGACAUGCACAUAGACCUCCCAUUUCCUGUCGGAGCUUGGUUCUCCUUCUGUGCACAUACGGUGGGGUUUGGAUAGAGGAACCUGUGCAUUAUACCAUCGGGAUUCCUGAACAAGAAAGUAUUGGGCUCAUGAAAUAAAGCUGUUGUGAAAUUCUUUCCUCUCCCCCCUUGGUUGCUUGCGGAAAAUCAGUCCUAUUUUAUAUUGGUUAAAUUACAGUGCAGACCAAUUUGUUUGCAGCAGAAAUCUAAAUACUUGUUUGCUACAGUGUGACAUAUUUGUCUCUGGAAAUAAGCUCCAUUGAGCUCAGUAGGGCAUGCUUCUAGUAAAUAUGGCCUGAAUACUAUGCUUAGUAUUACUGUGUUUUGAAUUUACUAUGUUUAGCAUUUAACAGUUGUUCUUAAUUAAAACUAAUGUUUUUAUCUUACUUUGGGGACAUUUUGGUUGAAAAGUGGCAUUUAUGCAUUUUUUAAAAGUAUGUGGGAAAGAUGGUUCUUUUCAAAUUCCCAUUGGAAAUGUAUCUAUAAGAUGAUACCGUACAAAAGCCCCUGACAUGAGAUCAGAUCAAAGUGCACUUGUGAGAAACUAUAUUUUUUUCUUUUAUGGUCAUGAGUGGCCACCUCAUUCUGUAUCAAGCCUUCUAGAGAUGGCAGACGUGCCCUAACUCAGUGAUGGAACACUUGCCAUGCAUGCAGAAGGUCUGAAGUUCCUAGGCAGGGAUAGGAAUGUCCCCUAGCUGAUAUUGUGAAGAGCUGUUGCGAGUCAGCAUGGAUAAUUACUGAGCUGGAUGAACCAAUGGACUGACUUGGUAUAAGGCAGCUUCCCAUGUUCCUUUUCACAGAGAUUUAGAAAAAGCUUAUGCAGUGUCUACCAGUAGUAUUCGUCCUUAGCAUUCCAGUCCCAUAAAUGCCUCGGGUGUUAACCCUAUAUAAAGUUCCUAAGCUUUGCAAGUAUUUACAACUGUUACCUGGCCAAUUAAUGGCCCAUAGAGUAUCAUGUAAGGGGAAAGCCUUGCUUUGGCCCCCCCCCCCCACAGUGUGGCACCACCCUACCGCAUAAGGAAGGGGGAGCAAGAGAACCGGUAGCUGUGUAGGGUUCAGAUCAGUUCUUUGCCAGAAUUAGAGGAAUGGGCCGUUAUUUUGUGCUAGCUUAUGAUGACUUCUGUGAACAGAGGAGUCCUAGUGAAGGAACAAGUAGUGUUUUGGGGUAUUAUCCAUGAACAAAUCAGCAAAACAGAAAACAAAUCCAUAAUGAUCCACAGGGAUAAAAAUAUCUUUCUGUUGUCAAAAUCUUAGAAAGUCCAAAUGUGAAAUCCUAGCAUUUGGUUUGCACAUUCUAUAUAUUUCAUCUCUGUUAUAAAUGAAUUGACAUUUACAUUAAUAUCUGAGCAUUUGGAGGGGGGGGGACAGCAGUUUCUUAUCAUUCAAAACUUUCUACAGAUACUAGAAUAUCUAAUUUCUGAAGUGUUUUUCUGUAAAGAGGGACCAUUUCCCCUGUGAAAGAAAGCAAUGCCACAACUUAUGAGAAUGAUAUUUCAACCUUAAUGAGAAGUAAGCAUGUACUUGCCUUAAUCACAUGCACAGUUCCUGGCUAACUUCAUUUGGAUUCUGCUUGAGAAGCAGCCAAGCCCACAAGAUGGCACUACUAACAUUUCCUCAUUUUGCUAAGUUCCUGCUGCAAUUCAGUUUUGCAGGUUUUCGUGCCACUGCAAAGAAUGCCCUCAAAAUGUCAAAGCAAGCUCUUCCUCCAAAUUGUAAAUGAGCAUUGAUGUGUACACACGCCAUGCCCAAAGCAUUUUUUUGAACUAUGAUUCAUUUUUUAAAAAUGUAUGCAAUCAAGAAAAAAGCACUCACGAAGCCUACUUCUACAUUACAUCUGUACCGUUACCAUAUUACUGAUGUCGAAUCAGGGCCAGCAUCACACUACAGAUAUAUUUCCAAUAAUCCCUGCUGUAAGUAGGGUUUGCAGUCAGUGCCAAUCCCAGCUAGGUUUGCAGUCAGCCCCUUUUGGAAGGUAUCAUCAGUUGCAGCUCAGCCUAACUUCGAGCCAGGCUGCAAAGGAAGGAAGAAUUUGGAAUGCCCUUAAGAGUGCACUUCCAAGUCUUUUCUUUGAAGUUGAGUCACCUGAUGUCACAACCUGAACUGUUUGACAGGUGUGCCUCCCCACUCACCUGCCAAAGUGACCCGCAGGAGAUUGGGGAAUUGAAGUUCUGACUGCUGGAUGGAUCCUGUUCUCCACCAUUGGUAUACAGCCUUAGUAAUGGUUGUUGUACAUUAAAGCUGCUGUUUAAACACGCUUUCAGUUUUACUGAAAUUUAGUAUUAUUAAUAUUGAGGCAAAUGUGCUUUAGAACCAGACUAUUUGGCUUUUCCUUUUACAUGGGUCACAGGUUUGAUCCCCAUAUGGGAUAACUGCAUAUUCCUGCAUUGCAGGGGAUUGGACUUGGUGAUGCUCAGAGUCCCUUCCAACUCUACACUUUGAUGAUACUCUUCUAAAGCAUUGAUAUGCUCCAUACCAUUGCUGAAACAGAUCUGAUUGUUUUUAUUUAGCAUUACAUUAAACGAGGAAUACCUUUUUAUGAUUUGUGACAUAUAAAACAUAGCCAUGAGGUAAGAAGAGUUUGGCUCACCUCACCCUCAUGCACCUUUUUGAUAUGAAAUACAGACCUCAUUCCCUGCAUAACACACAAACAGGAGAGACAUGCAUAAAACACACAUAGCCUGCUCAAUCAUAUCUACAAACUCCAACUAAGGAAGUAAUUGGCUUACAAAGUUCCUUUGAACCAGCAAGUUCAUAGUUUUAAAAAUAUCAGCUUGAUUAUUUGACGCUUGUUUCAGGCUCAUUCCUGAGUCUCCCCGGUGGUUGAUCUCUCAAGGAAGAUUUGAAGAAGCUGAAAUUAUUAUUCGAAAGGCUGCCAAAAUAAAUGGUGUUCCAGCCCCAGCAAUACUUAUAGAUCCUGUGGAGGUAAAUAUUUCCAUGUGCUUGACUACUUUGUGAUCCUUCUUUGUAACUGUUUCAAACGAGUUUUGUGGUUACAAUAAGCCAGUAGAGUAAACAAGCCACAACUGGAACAUUUGUCAUACUAAUAAGUAGUAAAUAUGUGCCACUGGCAGUUGAUGGCUCAUGCAGUCCUUACAUUUAUUAUUACUUUCAGGGCCAGCCCACCCAUGAGGCAAGGUGAGGCAAUCACCGCCAGACAUCAGGAUCCCCAGGGGCAGCAGAUCCUGAUGUCUUUCUUUCUUCCCUGCCUUGUUCCCUCACCCCUUCUUCCCUGGCAGAGAGGGGGGCACUAUUUUAGGGUCUUCCUCACUUGUCAGAAUGUCUUGGGCCAGCUCUGAUUACUUUAGCAGCAAGAACUCUCUUAAUUUGCUGAAAGAUAGGUGUGUCUUGUUUGCCUGUUCUUUGUGGCAAGAUCUUUGGAUGCUUUCAACAAAGAAGUAAAAAUAAGGAUCUCAGUUUGGUGGGCAAAUCAUUAGCUUUGAAAAAUAUUUUCACUGAGAUAAAAUAGUGUUUAGCAUUAGAUUAUUAUUUUUUAAUUGGCAACCUGUGACUUUCUAACCUGUUGCUAAUGUGUUAGUAAAAUAGCUCACUUAAAUUCCCUUAGUCUCUGAGCAGUGUUGUAGAAACAUGUGCAAGAGCCAACUGGUUGCUCUAGUCUGCUAUGGGCAAAGGAAAACAGGUCACCUGAUUCCAUGUGGCAUCAAGUGAUUGACAGGUGUGCCGUCCUGCCAGCCUAUCAGAGUUGGCCCAUGAAGGGUAGUGAUAAGGACCUGACCCACUGGCUGGAUCCAGUUCCCCACUCCUAAUUGAGUUGAACUCAUCUAGCUUUCUACUGUAAGGUAGAUUUCUAACCUGUAACCCUCUUCUGCACCUUACCUUGAAUUCUGAACUUGGUUCCACCAAUGGCUUUACUAUUGCUAAAAGAAAAAGGCAGAGCGGGACAAUUCUAGCCUUGUGUUCAUUUUACACAUAAAAUAGGUAGCUGACAUACUGCAGUGAACAACAGAAUACAUUUGAUAACAGGACCACUACAAAAGGGGAAGAAAUCAGACUCAGAAAUGUAAUGGUGUCUCAGAACUUCCCUUAGACAUAUGAUAGUGGAUUACCUGUAUCUAACAACUGAUUUCCAGCUAACUUGAAUCCUAUUUCAUGACUUCAGUUUUUUUGCACCACCGCCCUGAUCACAAUUGUUUCCCAUUUUGGGUACUGAGGGCUUUUAAGCUUGUUUUGUUUUUGGGAAUCAUUUUCACUUUCUUUUCCCCCACUCCUAAGAUACAAGAUAUGAAGGCCAAGCAGCAGCAAGGAUUACUUCUGGACUUGUUCAGAACCCGAAAUAUUGCAACUAUCACUGUCUUUUCUCUUCUCUUGUGGUAAGUGUGUGUAUGUUUCUAAAGCACAUAAGGAUCAAGGGAAUAUGGACACUGCAAACUAUGUAUGAACUGAGUUGUUCAAAUUCCUACCUAAGUGUUUAAAUAGCAGGUUCAAAUUCAACAUACAUUAUUUUGCGAGUUGCUCAGCAGUCUACUGCAAUUGUGGGAAUAUUUAGUUUCUACAUGUUUCUAGCCUCUGCGAUAUUAAAUGGAUUCCUUCUGAAAUUGAGGACAGUGAUGGGGGCUACUCCCUUAAUGCAUGCAGAAGUGGCCCAGUAACAACAAUUAUGUCUGGCAAUGUUCAAUAAAAGAAAAACAGUCAAGGAAAAUAGUCUUUUUAAAAACCAAAACAAACCUAAUAAUUGCCCACUAAAAUUCUUCAUCCUGGCAGGUCAAAUACCUAUCAGAAUAAAAAUGUCUUCACUAAAAAGCAAAAAGCUGAGACAAACGAAGAAAUCAAAUGGGCCUCCCAGGUCAGGGAAUUCCAAAAUAGCUGCUUCCUUGUUCUUUGCACUAAAACUACUAAACAUUCUUGAACGUUUCUACAAGAUGGAAACAAGAGGAAAAAAUGCACCCGCUUGAGGUACAGUAAGUCCACAACUUACACAGGGUUUACGUUCUGAAGAUUGUGCCUAAAGCCAAAAUCACAUAUAGUAGAAACCCACUGGGUUCAAUGGCAGGUGGGAUUGUCAAAAUAAUUUCCCCAGAACCCUGCCUCCUUUCUGCCCACCCCCUUCUUUUUGGCAUGUAUGUAAAGCUGAAUGCAGACAAGUUAAAUGUUGUGGGCUUUGUAUACUUAGCUUACUAAAUGGCCAUUAGGAAAUCCAGACCAUUUUGAAGAUUCAGAGCUGUUACUAAUGAAAGCACUUCUUACAAAGAGCUGUAACAAAUGCUGGCAUUGCAUGGAUGUGGGUAACUGAGUCCGAUAAUGAGUAUCUAUUAGACCACAUUUCAUCUUCAGAGUAAAGUCCCCUCAGUUACAUAGCAACUGCAGAACAGAAUAAUAAUUAUUCUGCAGAGCAGAAUAAUAAUUCUCCCUGCUCAUGAAAAUCUCAUAUAGUGCAACUCAGGCCUAGGGAAUCUUUGACCUGCCACAUGUUGUUGAAUUACAGUUCCCAUCAUCCCUGACCAUUGGCCUUGCUGGUGGGGGCUGAUGCACUUGAAAUCCAACAACAGAUUCUCCACUCCUGGCUUGAGACCUUGGGUAACAGAAACCUGAUAAGGUUCCUACCUUCCUACAUAUGUCAGGAUUAAAAGCUAGAAAAUUUCUUUCCAUGGCUGGGCCUAGUAUAGAGGCUCUUAUUUAAAACUUCUUAUUUCAAACAAGAAAAUAAAAUCAAAGCUAGAAAAUGUCCAAUGUGUCUUAGCUAUACCUUUUGGAGGGGCAAUAUUCUGUAAAUGUUGUUACUACUUGCCUCUGACUGAGAGUAGUGCUCAGUGACCUUUGGUCUGAUUGGUAAGGCAAGUGUUAUGCUUGUCUUUUGGGAUGAAAACAUUUUAUUUUAUUUAUUUUUAAAAUGUGUAGAGCACUCUGUAUCUGCAAAUGGAUCUCAGGGCAGUAUACAAAAAAGUUUAAAACCACAAAUACAUUCUAAAACAAAGUGUUGCUCCAUGGAAUGGUAGCGUAGAAAAUAACUAGCCAUUGUUGUAUUGGCUAAUACUUUGAACAUCAAGGUACAUUAUUAUUAUUAUUUCUCCCUUUCCUAUUCCAGGAUGUUUACAUCUAUUGGCUACUUUGGCUUGUCACUCAACACCCCCAAUCUACAUGGAGAUGCCUACCUCAAUUGUUUCCUGUCAGCAGUAAUUGAGGUUCCAGCCUAUGUGAUUGCUUGGCUUCUGCUCCGAACCUUACCUCGGCGUUAUUCAAUAGCUGGCACCCUUUUCUUGGGUGGAGGAGUUAUUCUGUUCAUUCAACUGGUACCUCCAAGUAUGAACACCCACCAAUGCUAUAGAUGUGUUGAUAUUUGACCGUACUGUGCAAGGCAGGGGUGGAGAACAUUUUUCAUUUCAAUGGCCACAUUUCUUUCUGGGCAACCUUCUGAGCACCAGAUGGCAGUGUUUAGGCUGAGGCAAAAGUGUGAAGCAUAAACUUUAUAUACUGGGCUACAUGCAACUUUGUUAAUGCCUCUUGCUUGCCCAGAGGCAAGCUUGCUCCAUCUGGGAGCAAGCAAGAGGCAUUAACAAAGUUCAAGGACAUAUUCCAGGCAGACAAAAACACUUGAGGGUGUGCAGCUGGGCCAGUGAAGGCUGUGGUCAGGGAAGUGUCCUGAGAGCCACACAUAAAGGCAUGGAGGGCCAUAUUUGGCUCCUGGGCUUAGGGUUCCCCACCCCUGGUGUAAAGACUCUGCUAGAGGAUUGGGUAUUGGAAAAGACCAACUUGAGCUAAGUAUCCUUGAGUUUUGUUUAGCUCCAUUAUCCUAGUCGCUUAUCCAUGUUGCAAGUUAGAUUAUGGACUUGCUUCCUCUGUACUUUAGUACAUAUCAUCAUGCAUUUAUUCUAACAGGGAUUUGAAGCAUAAAAGCUUCACUUCCUAGUCCUAUCUAUGUGCAUAAAUGAAAGCUAUGUAGCUCAGAGGUUGACUGGACCAGGUCCUUGCCUUCUUAGUGCCUUCAUUUACUUGCACCCAUGCAGAAAAUGACAAGUCUCUGGUUGGUAGUGAUGGUGCAGCCUUCAGAUGUUUUGAACCACAACUCCCAUCAGCCUUGUCUAACUCUGGCAAAGGUUAAUAUCAUGGAUGAAAGCACACCUCUUAAUGGCCCUGCCUAUAUAACAAAUGUUCAAUGUUAAAUAGUUAAGAAACUUAUUUGGUGCAUUUAAUGCUAUUAUGGUUAAUUAGAUUUUCUACAUUUAGCUAUUGGAACUAGUAUACCUGCAGCUUAGUCUCAGACCUGUUGUGUAAAUCAAGUAUUUACAGGUACCACUAACCAACAAGGCAUAUAUGCUGACAUGCUGCAGUGCUCUUAGCAACAUUUAAAACAGUUUGUAGGAUAAGUAAGAAUAGUUGGGAUAAAAGGAGGAUUUCUGGAAAGGUGGUGAAUAAUAAUAGAGGUCUUAUGACUCCAUUUCUGUUUUUCUGCAGACCUCAACCUCCUGUCUGUUAUCUUGGUGAUGUUGGGGAAAUUUGGCAUCACGUCUGCCUUCUCUAUGCUUUAUGUUUACACCGCAGAGCUCUAUCCAACCAUAGUAAGAAACAUGGCCGUAGGUGCCACCUCCAUGUCAUCCCGUGUGGGCAGCAUCAUUGCUCCUUACUUUGUUUACCUUGGUAAGAAGUCUCCUAUCAUUUUAAGAAUCUUGCAGUUCACUUUUCUGUCAUCUCUAGGUAGCUGUUGCAUAAGUUCAAUUCUGACGGCCUUAUCCAUGAGUCACUCCUUGCUUCAAAACACUUACCCUCAAACUUCCAACAUGCAGUAAUGUAAUUAUUAUUUAUUAUGCAUUUGAGCUACAUUUUUAAAACAACCUUCACUUCCCAGUUCCCAUCUAAUUUAGGAUUAUGAAACUGAAUGACCUUAAACUAGGGAUGGAUAAUCUGACAGCUUUGUUUUCACUUGGUUUUUAUUUUUUUUAAUAACCUUAAAUUCAGUUUGUAACAUUUUCACAUCAGUUUGCUUUUUUUUUUUUUAGUUCUCAUGAAAAUUUAUCAGCAUUUUAGUUCACAUUUCUCCUAAUACACAUUUUGCAAGCAAUUUCCCCUCAUACAGUGCAAUUUUUGAUUAUGCUUUUACCAAUGUAUAUAUUUUUAUGCAAACUGAGUAUGUAUAUAUUUGUGUUCACAUUAUUAUUUUUUUGGUUGGAGAACUGCAAAAUUCAGAGAAGUAUGAAUUUUGAAGGAUAACCGCAUUUCAGUUUGCAUAUUGUUUCAGGAAGUCCAAAUUGGCUAAUUUCAUGUUAAAAUAUGAAAUUCUCCCCCCCCCCCGCCAUAUCAUGAAAUAUUCACUGUAUUUUAACCUAGCCUACCUCAUAAGAACAUUGUUGAGGAUGAAAUAGAUAAACCCAUGCAUGCUGCCUUGGUAUCCUUAGAGGAAGGACAAUAUGCAAAUAUGAUAAAGUAAUAAUUACUUCAGUUCUUCUGUAACUAUAUUGGAAUAUAAUCUAAACUUUGGAACUUCUGUCUCUCACCAGGUGCCUAUGAUAGAUUUCUACCUUAUAUCGUCAUGGGCAGUCUGACUGUGCUGAUAGGGAUUCUCACCCUGUUCCUCCCAGAGAGUUAUGGGAAUCCUCUGCCAGAAACGUUUGAAGAGAUGCUGCGAGUUAAAGGGUAAACACAUUUCACUAAAAUAAAGCUCCCCCUUGCAUUGUAUUUUUGACGUCAUGGAGUAUAAUGAACUUUUGGCCUGGAGGCAGAAUGUCAAAUCUACUUAGAUGCUAUGCAAGCUUCAACAGGAUGCUAGGAGCUAAACCAAACCAUAAAGGAAAAUAAGUUUGUUUCUUUAAGGUUCUUAUAUACUACUAGGUACUUUGCCCCUGCUUGCUCUGCUCACCACUCCCUCUGCCUUUCCCACAUGAACACUCUAGAAUAAUAGAAUUGUAGAGUUGGAAGGGACCCCAAGGGUCAUCUAGUCCAACCCUCUGCACUGCAGGACUCUCAGCUAAAGCAUCCAUGACAGAUGGCCAUCCCUCUGCUUAUAAACCUCAAAGGAAUGAGGGAGACCGUUCCACUGUCGAACAGCUCUCAAUGUCAUAACGGUUUUCCUGAUGUUUAGAGCAUCUACUUCCCACCCCAGUCAACUACUAAGCUUGCUUUUCACCAUCCUAAUUCUAUUUCUGAAGCCACUUCUCUCUUUUAUUCUGCAUCUCCGCUUUUCACCCCAUGACCCUACUGCAUUCUUCCCCUCCUUUUGUGGAAUGCCCCCCUUGAACACGACCCCACCCAUGGUAACCUCUGGCAUCUUCCUCCUCCCAAGCAUUUAAACUGCAAAGCACCCAUCUCACUUUCUGCCCAGUUAUGAAGCCACCAUCGCCUCCUUUCACCAGAGGUACUGCCCCUCCCCUAGCACCCCAUACACCCCAAUCAUGACAAUAAUACUACUAUUACGAUAAACCAGUGUUACUGUUAGGGAAUAAAGUGUUCAGAUUGUACAUAAUGUAUUAGAAAUCACCCCAGAAUCGGCCCUACUAAACAUCUUCCAAGACAAUAACGCCCAUUUACAUCACAAAGAACUCAUAACCCACCUGCUUUCAGCAGCCAGAAACAUCAUAACCAGACACUGGAGAGACCUGUCAGGAGUAAGCAUGGACCAAUGGUACCAAAUAGUAUGGGAAACAGCCCUACUAGAAAAUUAACCAAUACUGACACGGAGACAAAUAGAAGACGCCUUCACCCCGGUAUGGCUCCCCUUUAUCACAUACACAGCCCAACAAGACAACAACAAGAAUCCACCAACAGCAUACAAAUCAAUAUGGCUAACCUGAUCCAAAACACCCACCCACCCCACUCAGACAUGAAAACAAAGCUCACCACAGCCAAUCACAAACAAACAACCACACGCUAGGCCAACCCCAACCUCUCUCACCACCAAAGGAAAACAAGCCAAUAGCAGAGAACCUGCACAAGUGACACUGACACAAAACCCCACACAUACAUUAAGUAAAAUAGAAACAUCGCCACCCAACCCCAACCCCACUUGCUUUUCCCCCCUCCACCUCUUUCCCCCUUUUCUUCCUAAUGUAACACUAAUGUCUCAACAAAUGAAACUGAUCUGUAAAAAUGUUACUUGGAAAAGAAAAAGAGACAGACGCUGCUCAUACUUUUGUAAACCAAGAAUUUUUUAAAUAAAAAUACAUUUUCAUCUCAAAAAAAAAGAAAAAAAGAUUGUACAUAAUGCUUUCCCAUUGUGGAUGCUGAAUGCUGAAAAACAAAAGGAUGUAUCUGAGUGAGGACAUUGUCUUAAAUGCUCUCCUUCGGCAAGUGUCAGUUCUAAAAUGACCCCAGCUUGAGCCUCUUGCAGCUUGAGCCUCUGCAUGCUUCCUCAGAAGUAAAUCCAACUCACUUCAAUAGAUCUUGCUUCCCACGAAGUGUGUUUAGGAUUGCCUUAAUUGGAUUACAGAUGCUCUUUGCUUAAAUAUGGAUGCUUGAACAAAAUUGUAUUGUAGGAGAGUCCCUGUGGGGAAAAUAUAAACCAGAGCUUUGCUGUUUCUGUUUCUAAUGUAUGUAAUCUCGUGUUUAUUUUCAGAUUCAGAAAUAGAAAACACACCUACAAAAUAGGGAGUUCAAAGCAGAGUGAACUGAACUCCAGGACUAUGAGAACAUCGUUGUGA